GAGGCGGGGGGAGAGACAGGACUUUGCAAGUUGGCUCAGGAGAGCCACUGCCAAAAUUUGCGCAAGGUUUCUUUUUGUAGUGCGCAAAAGCGAAGGAAGAGGGGGAGACCCGGGUCUUGCACGUUUGUGGGGCCUGGACGCUAGGGGAAAAAGGUUGGGUGUGCUUGUGUGAUUCAAGGGGAGAGCUGCUGGUGAGAGGGAGGGGGCGAGGGGUGUUUGUCCAUGUGAGAGAGUGGGGGCAGGGGAGGAGCGUGGGUGUGUUUUCGGACCACAGAAAAGGAGGAACAACGGUGCUCAAGGCAGCAUAAAGGACGGGGACAGUGGCGUGCGCUAGGGACGAGAGCGCACAAGCCCAUGUGUGCCCGGCGAGAAAGACUGGCAGUUCCGACAGCCUGAGAGAGGAAAAAGUCUGGGAAAGUUUGUGCGGGGAGAAGGCUGAAUGUGAGACAGAGAGAAAGAGUCAGGCGCAUCUCCAGCAGCUGCCAGAAAGCUGCUCUCUCCAUUCUGGACCACCCUGUGGACUUCUAGAAGCCGGGUUGAUCGCCCAGGAAGGAGAAGACUGUGCCCCCCAUGGGGCAGGGGGGUGCCAGCCUGGCAUAGAGGACGCAAGCCAGGGCGGCUCCUGCCAGCUGUCCCUGGAUGUGGCUGGAGGCACGGCAGCCGCUGGGGUGCCCUCUGCCCCCGCCAUGGCUGCCGAGGUGCGACUGAAGAAACUGGAGGAGCUGGUCCUGGACCGGAGCGCUGUGGGUCUGGAGACCUUGGUAGACCUUCUGCUCUGUGUGCACCACGAGCUGAGCACGUCGCCCCUCGCCCAGGAGAAAUACAUCAUGGAGUUUUUACAGUGGGGUGAGUCUGCCUGAUCCUUGCUGGAACCCUUCCUAUCCAGGCUUGCAAAUAGCCACUGGCCCGGUAGCCAGACCAGUGGCGUAGCGUGGGUUGUCAGCACCCGGGGCAAGGCAAGUAAUUUGCGCCCCCUAACCCGUGGAUUUGCGCACCCUAACCCUAACCCCCAGAUGUUGCGCCCGGUGCGGCCGGCCCCCCCUGCACCCCCCACGCUACGCCACUGAGCCAGACAGGGAAGCCUUUUCAAAGUAAAAGAAAAAAAGAGGGAGAUAGUCUCCUUUUUCUGUUGUUGUGCCAUAGCCAACCUCCUUAGAGCUAGUAAAAAUGGGCUUGUGGCUUUUUGGGGGGGACAUAUUAGCUCAUCUUUCUUUACCUGUGCCCAGAUCCCACAAGCUGCCCUUUAAUACUGGAAUCUGAGGCCCCUUUCUCUCUCCCAGUGACUAUUUUACAUUGCGCUUCCUGAAUGUUCUCCUAUAGUUGCCUUGUUGGUCUUUAGCAAUGAUCUUAUAAGGUAGGCUUUUCCCCUGUUGCUUGUCUCCAGCUAGAGUGAUAGACUGCCUCUGUUCCUGGAUGUUCCACUUAGCUAUUAUGGUCAAUAGCCAUCGAUACACCUCCACUCCUCAAUGGGUUUGUUAAACCCCAUAAAGUCAUUCCACCUUAGUGUUCCGGUUUUGCAGAAGGGGGGAAACCGAGGCCCUGGAAUCACACAAUUUGCAGAUUUGGCUACAAAACCAGUGUCUCCUAUAUUCUCGGCAGUGACACACCCACCCAUGUCCAUCUAAACUUGAUUUGUUCUCUCGCCGCCCUGCCCGAUUUAGAAACCUGGUUAGCUCUUGCACACUCUGUGCUGUUUCCUUUCCCCGCCUCCCCCAAACGGAUCUUUCCCCUGUGCCUUGGUUUCCCUCUUGUCCCUACAGCUUCCCUCCUCCUUUGUGAUGAUCUCAUCUUUGCUCCCCUGGGUUUGCCAGUGAGUAGAGCCACAGCUCAUACUUUUAAGAACCUCCUGCAAGGAGUGGCCUCUGUAUAGAGCUGUUAUUGAUACUAGUAGCCCAUGCCUGUCCCCUCACUUCCCACCCUAGGCUGGUGGUCGUCCUGCCGUCCAGGACCUCGAAACCUUGUGAAUCAGGUCCAACAGGAUAGCUCAGCUGGUUAGAGCUGAUAAUCCGAAGGUUGCAGUUUCGAUCCCCCAUUGGGACAGCCGCAAAUUCCUGCAUUGCAGGGGGUUGGACUAGAUGACCCUCAGGGUCCCUUCCAACUCUGUUAUUCUAUGAAAACAGGCUAGCCCCUACCCCUGCUAGCGUAAGUUAAGAGUUGAAGUAGGAUUUGGGAGUCAAGGGUUCACAUCUCAACUUGGCCCAAGAAGCUUGUUGGGAAAUAUUGGCUAGUGUCUCUCUCUGGAUGGAUCUACACACAGGAAAAAAACCCCCAGCUAUAAAUAAGUCAUAAAUUAAAUUGUUACAACAAAAGGGAAAAAAAACACUAUGUAAAAUCUCAUAGAAAAGUUUUGUGCUCUACAGCACCAUCUGGUGUUGCAUGUUUAUAAUGCAUUUAAAACACUGUUGUUGUAGCUGAGUCCUCUCAGCCUAGCCUACCUCACAAGGUUGUUUUGAGGAUAAAAUGAGAGCUAUGUAAGCCAGUUUAAAUUCCUUGGACGAAAGGCAGGAUAUAAAUUUAAGAAUACUGCCCCAGGCUCUUUCGGGAGGAAUGUCAAUUGAAUGAGUAAUAUAAAAGAAAUCCAGUAAUAAAUGAAAUAGCAUGUUGAAGACCCCAAAAGGAAAAAAAUUCGUUUGCGGAUGACAAGCUUUUCCUGGCUGGUUGCUUGCGGUUCAUUUCUUCCUCUCGUUGGUGGUGCUGGUGGGGUUGAGGAGUGGGGAGAUCAACAAAUUGCACCCAGAAAAACGUUUGGUUCCAAUGCAGGGGGUUGGACUAGAUGACCGUUUGGACCCCUUCUGGCUCUACAGAUUCUGUGAUGGGAAUCUCCUUUACACCAAACGGGGCAUCUUCGUGCCAUCUGUACAGGGGUCCUUUUUUUAAAAAAAAUGAAAAAAUGAAAAACCAUUUAAUCUAUUGUGUAAUGACACUUCUUCUUUGGCGAUCCCUCAUAGUCGAGUAAGAUUGUCUUCCAUAAACAUGGUUUUAACAAGGAGUCCGUAAGUGACUGUGGAGGCCAAUUCUGGAUCCACACGUCCUUCCACAGUGGGUUUCCAGGUGGGAGUUGAUCACGGUGUGGAUUUGCCAAGCAUGCCUUCCUCUUUGCACGUUUCUCCCUUGCGUCCUGAGUUCGAGUGUCUUCAAAGCCCAUGACACCUUUGGUAAAGGCUGUUCUCCAACUGGAGUGCUCACAGGCCAGUGUUUCCCAGUUGUCAGUGUUUAUACUACAUUUUUUUUAGAUUUGCCUUGAGAUAGUUUCUAAACCUCUUUUGUUGACCACCAGCAUUACCCGAAUGAGGUGUGGAAGGCUGGAUUUCUGCCUUUGAUUUUUGUGGCUCCCCACACUCACGCCCAACGAAGGUUGCUUUUCCCCUUGCCUGGGAAGGCCAGAGCAGGCCUCAGGACCUGCUCAUCGUGUCCCUUGAUUCUCAUCAGCCCCACUGUGGCCAAAGAUUAGUCCUGGAGGCACGAUCUCUCAGAAUCACAGAUUUGGAGUUGGGAGUUGAAAGGGACCUCUCAGGGUCAUCUAGUCCAACCCGCCCCCGCAGUGCAGUUCUUCACUUUGAAUUUCCCAGGUUUUUCACGCAGCGGAUGCUUGCAUCUCGUGCUUAUUGGCUCUUGGUUGGGUUGCUAGUCGCAUUUUUAGAGAACGGGCAAAUUCCCUGCUUGUUUCCCACCCCACAUUUGGUGUUUCAUUUAAGGUGCUUUAACCCCAUGGCCAACUGCUUAGAGUUGCGUUUCAGCAGGAGCGGCAGAGAAGCUGCCCGCAGAAAUAAAUAAAUAUAGAAAUGGAAGCGUUCGAGAGGGCAGGGAAUGCAAGGCGCUGAGCUCGCAGUCAAACACACCAAAAGCCCACACCGUAUCCUGCCUACAGUUCACAUGCUGGGGAGAAACCCACAUAUUCCAGCUCCCUUUGCUCUGAUCUGUUUGUUGUUUGAGUGCCAGCCGGCAGGCCUUGAACAGCUGUGAAUAACGUACAGUAAUGGGAUUUUCGCCUUUCUUUCCUUUGAAGUGUACAGAAGCUGGGGAUAGGAUGCUGUCCUCCUCUUCUUCUUUAAAUAGAAACAGGUUUUAAUACCAGUCUUAUUCAGGGUGGUGUGCCUUUUUAGGGUUUAGUUCUGGAAAUCGGGUCGGUUCCUGGUGGAUAUCAGCACCCUGCGAACUGUUGCAGCUGGAAGUUGCGGGGAACGCAUUUGUGCACCAAGAAGAAACCAUGAACUGCCCUCACCCCUUCCUGUGGCCACUUCUGCCAUGCGUGAAUAAAUUUGAAAGCGGUUAGUCAGUGCAGUGUAGCAGUUUGGGUAUCAGACUAGGAUCUGGGCCAGUCUUCUCUCAGACCGGCGUACCUCGCAAGGUUGCAGUGGGGAUUACUUGAGGAGGGGGAGAUUCGUGUACAUCACGCUUUGAGCUCCUUGGAGAAAGAAAUGUGGAAUAUAAUGGCAAAUAAUGAAUCUUCAGGGAUCAAUCUAAAAGUUAUUGCAGUUCAAGCAUGCCUGGAAUUUAAGUGUUUUGAUCCAGGCACCCCCCCUUCUGCUGAACCCAGGCGGGUAGAACUUACAUGCAAAGGAGGUUCUAAUUACUGAAUAGCGAGAGAGGCACUUUGCACAUGUCUAGGUGUCAUCUUGCUCCUGUUUGGACAAUUCCAGAGCUGAGCCCUGGCACUGAACCACGUCUGUGUAUGUGUGCGCGGAACGGAGCCCUCAAAGUCCUUGCUGACAUUUUACGGACUCAUAAAAAACCCUUUCAGUAGCACGUGCCAGCGAUCAGGAGUUCCCGGCUACAUGUUUGUUUGUGUUUUGUGUUUUUUCUAAAAUAAGAGGCUCUAGUCUUUGGAACUGCAAAGGGAACUUCCUGGAAAACGGCGAGCCGCCUUUGCAAAGAGGACUCUGGGCAGCGCGGUGGCCGUAUUAUUUGUUGUCCUUGUUCAGUUCUCUUGCAGUCUCUCGCAAGCUUUGUGUUAGCUUCAGCAGAAAGGGAGAGAGCGGACAAGGGAGGGUUGUGCAGACUGUUCUGGCAGCUUCCUUUUCAACACCGCCGCCACAGCAAAGCACGCACGCCAUCCCACCCCCUUGGCGGUGCACAGACUGCCUUUUGUGGACAAGAUGGCAUAGCCCUACCCCCUUUACCAGGGAGAUCCGGCCGUGCGUGUUCCUGCGACGGCCGGGGCUCGUGUGAGAUGUUGCUUGGGCCGCGGAGACUUUGCAAAACGCCAUAAAAGGCUGCAUGCUAUGGACAUGCACUCUCCAUGUGCCCGUUUGGCUCCCUCGCGUCGUCUUCCUCGCCUCCUCCUCCUUCUCUCCCCCCCUCUCCCUGCUCCCCACUCCAACACCAUGCUAUUGGGGGCGGGGGGCCUCAGUUCCAGGCCUAACACAUGCUUGCAAUCUCUGCUCAUUUCUGUGCCAUUAAUUUCCUAUCGUCGUGAGAAUGGCACCAAACGGAGAGGGGUAGCUCAUGCUGCAGAAGACAGAAUCGGGAUUCAAAAUGAUCUUAACAUGUGGGAGAGCUGGGCCCACCCAAGCUAAUAAAAUGAAUUUCAGUAGAGACAAAUGUAAGGUUCUGCACUUGGGCAGGAAGAACCAGAUGCGCAAAUAUAAGACAAGGGACACUUGGCUUACUAGCAGUUCAUGCGAAAAGGAUUUAGGGGUCUUGGUGGACCACAAGCUUAAUAUGAGUCAACAGUGUGAUGCAGCAGCAAAAAAAGCAAAUGCUAUUCUAGGCUGUGGCAUCAACAGAAGUCUAGUGUCUAGAGAUCAAGGGAAGUUAUAAAGGUAAAGGUAAAGGACUCCUGACAGUUAAGUCUAGUCGCGGACAACUCUGGGGUUGCGGCUCUCAUCUCGCUUUAUUGGCCGAGGGAGCCGGCGUACAGCUUCCAGGUCAUGUGGCCAGAAUGACUAAUGGCGAACCAGAGCAGCGCACGGAAACGCCGUUUACCUUCCAGCUGGAGUGGUACCUAUUUAUCUACUUGCACUUGCUUUCAAACUGCUAGGUUGGCAGGAGCAGGGACCAAGCAACGGGAGCUCACCCCAUCAUGGGGAUUCGAACCGCCGGCCUUCCGAUCGGCAAGCCCUAGGCUCUGUGGUUUAGACCACAGCGCCACCCGCAUCCCACAAGGGAAGUAAUAGUGCCACUCUAUUCUGCCAUGGCCAGACCACACCUGGAAUACUGUGUCCGAUUCUGGGCACCAAAAUUUAAGAAGGAUGUUGACAAGCUGGAAGGUAGGCAGUGGAGGGCAACCAAGAUGAUCAAGGUUCUGGAAACCAAGCCUGAUGAGGAAUGGUUGAGAGAGUUGGGCAUGCUUAGCCUGGAAAAGAGGAGACUGAGAGGAGAUAUGAGAACCAUCUUCACAUACAGUGGUAUCUCGGAUUAAGAACUUAAGUUGUUCCGGAGGUCCGUUCUUAACCUGAAGCACCACUUUAGCUAAUGGGGCCUCCCGCUGCCGCCACCAUGCGAUUUCUGUUCUCAUCCUGAAGCAAAGUUCUCAACCCAAGGUACUAUUUCUGGGUUAGCGGAGUCUGUAACCUGAAGCGUCUGUAACCUGAGGUACCACUGUAUCUCAAGGACUGUCAUAUGGAAGAGGGAACAAGUUUGUUUUCUCCGGGUCUGGAGGGUAGGACUUGAACAAGGAAGGAGAUUCUGGCUAAACAUCAGGAAGAACUUCCUGACAGUAAGAGCUGUUUGAUAGUAGGUCUCUGUCGAGAGCCGGUGGACCUUCCUUGGCGGUUUUUAAGCAGAGGUUGGAUAGAUUAGGCUGAAGAAUCGCCGAAGAAUUGAUGCUUUUGAAUUAUGGUGCUGGAGGAGACUCUUGAGAGUCCCAUGGACUGCAAGAAGAUCAAACCGAUCCAUUCUUAAGGAAAUCAGCCCUGAGUGCUCACUGGAAGGAUAGAUUCUGAAAUCUGUCCAGGCAAGGACUCCCUGGAAAAGACCCUGAUGUUGGGAAAGAUGGGGGGGCACAAGGAGAAGGGGACGACAGAGGACGAGAUGGUUGGACAGUGUUCUCGAAGCUACCAGCAUGAGUCUCACCAAACUGCGGGAGGCAGUGGAAGACAGGAGUGCCUGGCGUGCUCUGGUCCAUGGGGUCACGAAGAGUCGGACACGACUAAACAACUAAACAACGAAAACAGGGAGCUUCCUUAUAUAGGUUACAGACGCUUCAGGUUACAGACGCUUCAGGUUACAGACUCUGCUAACCCAAAAAUAGUACCUCGGUUUAAGAACUUUGCUUCAGGACGAGAACAGAAAUCGUUCUCCCGUGGCAGCAGGAGGCCCCUUUAGCUAAAGUCUGUUUCAGGUUAAGAACAGUUUCAGGCUAGGAACGGACCUCCGGAAUGAAUUAACUACGUAAUCAGAGGUACCACUGUAACCGAGUCCUAUUUGGGGAAUACCGAAUUCAGCCUCGACCACACUGACCGGCAGUAGGCUCUCCAGUAGAUGCCAUGGGGGGGGACUGAACCUGAGAUUUGCAUGCAAAAGACGAUGCUCUAACCACUGAGCUAUGGCCCUGCCCCAGCAAAUGACCAACCCUGUAGGAUACUGAAGGCCAGCAAGCUGCCUGUUAUGUAUGUGAUUAUAUUUUUGCUGCCCUUGGUUUGGGGGGAGGGAAUUAUUCGGAUUUUCUGAAGCAGGAUUAAAAGUUCGAGGAGGGUGGAAGGGUUUCUAAAAAAGCAAGAAGGUUAGUACAGUGAUACCUCAGGUUACAUACGCUUCAGGUUAAAUACGCUUCAGGUUACAGACUCCGCUAACCCAGAAAAAGUGCUUCAGGUUUAGAACUUUGCUUCAGGAUGAGAACAGAAAUCGUGCUCCGGCGGCGCAGCAGCAGCAGGAGGCCCCAUUAGCUAAAGUGGUGCUUCAGGUUAAGAACAGUUUCAGGUUAAGAACGGACCUCCAGAACAAAUUAAGUACUUAACCCGAGGUACCACUGUAGCAUAAUCCCAGUGUUUUUUUUCUUAAAAAAAUGUUUAGGGGUACUCUCAUUUUGACUCAAGAAAAUCACCAUUUUAUAGUUCGAACCGGGGGAAAUAAAUACCGUAAAUGGACAGAAGUACAAGAUUCAAAAAAUGUUUAGGGGUAUGCGUACCCCUGUGUCCUCCCAGGAAAAAAGCACUGCGGAAUCUUAUGUAUGUUUAGUAAGCCCCACAGAUUUCAAUGCAUGAAUCUUUUGCCAAACGUCGGACGCAAAGCCACGACUCUGAGAUUAAGAGUCGCAGGUGCUCUUUCUCUCUCUCUCUCUCUCUCUCUCUCUCUCUCUCUCUCUCUGAGGGACCUUUGGGUAUAUAUUGUAGAACUGUAGAAUCCAUCAACCUUUGCUGCCAGAGGAUCAGCUGCGGUUGUCGAUUGGCAAAAAGCACUCUGCACGUGCUCUGGAGCACCCUCUCUGGCGGCGUUUCUGCAAAAACCCCGUGGCUGAGGCCCGGCACGGAAACAGUUUCUGAGUGCAAGCCCCACCUUUGGGCUUCGGCAGGCUUUCGUCCUGGAAAAGUUUCCAUGCACAGGAAUUCCACAAACACACACAUACAAAAACCCUCUGUUCUCCCGUGCUAGUAUGCAAGAGAGUCUCCGAGGGCCCUGCUUGGAAUCUGAGAAUUGCUGCAAGCCCAGAUUCCCAACCCAUCAUCUCCUGCCCGAAAUAGGAAGCCACCGAAAAGGGAGCAAAGCAGCUGGUUUCGGACAGAAUCUGACAAAUGCCCCAGGGCAGCUUGGAAAGAAGCACCUCUCUCUUUCUCACCCCCCCACCGCCCUCCUAGAUGGAGGGUUGGGGUUUGUUUUUUGGGGGGGGGGGCGUCUUUUUUUUAACUACCCAAAAAUAUCAAGCCAUCGGAUCUGUUGUGUGUGCAGCUUUCCACUGUAGGAGACAAGAGCGAGGCCUUUAUAGGUCGCAGCUAACAGAUUCACAGACACUGCAUCCACCUAUCCAAUACUCUGGGGGCUGCUCAGCUGUUUGUGUGAAACCACUCUUGCAGUUUCCAGUUGGAACUCCCUGCCUCUUGAUUUCAGGUCGGGCUCUUUCACCUUUCUCUUUUUGGGCACCUGGAAAAACCACUUUGCUUUGGACCAGAUGUUUAAAAAGUCAAUGCAAGUUUCCAUCUGUUUAUAGUCCGUUGUUAUUUUGGCUUUUCGAACAUCUCACGCUAUUGCUGUUAGUUCUUCCAAUUAUCGUUUUUGUAAACCUGCCUUGAGGUUUUUUGGUUUUAUUUUGGUUUUACAGCCAAGCAGCGUAUAAUAAUAAUAAUAAUAUUAUAAUAAUUUAUUAUUUAUACCCCGCCCAUCUGGCUGAGUUUCCCCAGCCACUCUGGGCGGCUCCCAAUCAAGUGUUAAAAACAGUACAGCAUUAAAUAUUAAAAACUUCCCUAAACAGGGCUGCCUUCAGAUGUCUUUUAAAGAUAGGAUAGCUGCUUAUUUCCUUCACAUCUGAAGGGAGGGUGUUCCACAGGGCGGGCGCCACUACCGAGAAGGCCCUCUGUCUGGUUCCCUGUAACCUCACUUCUCGCAAUGAGGGAACCGCCAGAAGGCCCUCGGCGGUAUACAUUUUAUGGAAGAAAAUACAAAUAAACAAAGCAUCCCAGGCUCAGUCUGGGCCUGAGAUAAGAAUCCCUGUCUAGAAACUUGGAGAGCAGCUGCCAGUCAGUGCAGGCAAUGCUGAGCCAAAUGGACCAAUGGUUUGAUUUCACCCAUUUCCUCCCCCCCAUGACCCAUUGCCAACCUGGUGCCCUCCAGGUUCUCAAAGCUGACCAUGGCUCAGUUCCAGGGUGUGAUUCCUGGCAUCUAUAGCCAUACAGGAUCUUGGGUAACAGGCAACAGGAAAGACCUGUACAUGGGACUGUGUGGAAAGCUGCUGUUGGUCAGAGUCUGUAAUCCUGGGCUAGAUGAAUAAUAGACUCAUAGAACUGUAGUGUUGGAAGAGACCACAAGGGUCAUUUGUGUUGAAUGGUUUCUUUAAAUGUAAAGGUUCAUCAUUGUUCCACCCGAUGUGUAUGUCUUUAAGGGGCCAGAGCAAACUAACGAGACCCAGCUUUACAGCUGUGAAACAUAGCAGGUGCUGCUGAGUUGCAUUGACUAAGCUGUGUCAGCAAUUGGGUGUAGUAUAUAAGGAGCAGCACCUAGCUCUCCCAUUACCCUGGGGGAUGGGUUGGUUUGUUGAUGUAUUUAGCGUAAAUGGAGUUUUUGUUUUUCUUAUUAAAACCUUGUUUAAGUUAUUUUUGAGUCCCUUUUUAAUGCAUGGUCUCCCCAGCAAGCUCUCUGCAGCGCUACUAAACUGCAAAUAGCCAACAAUUUGGCCAAACACACAGCAGUGCAGGAAUCAUAGGUAAUUGUUGUCUAGUCAUGUCCAACUCUUCGUGACCCCCUGGACCAGAGCACGCCAGGCACUCCUGUCUUCCACUGCCUCCCGCAGUUUGGUCAAACUCAUGCUGGUAGCUUUGAGAACACUGUCCCACCAUCUCGUCCUCUGUCAUCCCCUUCUCCUUGUGCCCUCCAUCCUUCCCAACAUCAGGGUCUUUCCCAGGGAGUCUUCUCUUCUCAUGAGGUGGCCAAAGUAUUGGAGCCUCAGCUUCAGGAUCUGACCUUCCAGUGAGCACUCAGGGCUGAUUUCCCUAAGAAUGGAUAGGUUUGAUCUUCUUGCAGUCCAUGGGACUCUCAAGAGUCUUCUCCAGCACCAGAAUUCAAAAGCAUCAAUUCCGAGGACUGCAAACUUUCAUUGGUUGAUCAGUACAAUAAACUGAUUGGCCUUUUAAACUGCAUAGAAAGACGUGGUGCCCCAGGUCAUUAAUUUCAACAUCAACAGAAGUAUAGUGUCCGGAUCAAGGGAAGGAAUAGUGCCACUGUAUUCUGCCUUGGUAAUAAUAAUAAUAAUAAUAAUAAUAAUAUCUUUAUUGUCAUUGCCCCCUUCGGGGACAACGAAAUUACUUGACUGCUCCAUAAAAACACUAAUUAAUCAAUACAGUAUAAUACAGCAAGGGAGAUUAGAUGACUUUCAAAGUCCGGGCUUCCCAUUCAGGGCCGAGAUCGCUCUGGAGAAGAAGCUGUUCUUAAGACGGCUCGUUCUUGUCUUCAUCGUCCUGUAUCUCCGUCCCGACGGCAAGAGCUCGAAGAGACAGUGACCAGGAUGCGAUGGAUCUUUUACUAUGUCCAGUGCCUUCCUAUGGCACCUUGUGGCAUAAAUCUGCUCUAAGGUGGAGAGUGGGCAGCCAACAAUGCUCUCUGCUGCCUUAACAACCCUGCACAACCCCAUCCUGUCCUGGGUAGUACAGCUUCCGUACCACACACAUAAGCCAUAAGUGAGCACGCUCUCAAUGGCACAGUGAUAGAAGGCAAGCAGCAGUUUCUGCGGAAGAUGGUUUUUUGGUUUUUUUUGGUCAGAGCACACUUGGAAUACUAUGUCCACUUCUGGACGCCACAAUCUAAGAAGGAUAUUGACAAGCUGGAAGGUGUGCAGAGGAGGGCGACCAAGAUGAUCAAGGGCCUGGAAACCAAACCUUAUGAAAAACAGUGGAGGAACUUGGGUCCUUUUAGCCUGGAAAAGAGGAGACCAGGAGGACAUAUAACAGCCGUCUUCAAAUAUCUUGAGGGCUGUCACAUGGGAAAUGGAACAAGGUUGCUUGUGUGUGGUGUAGAGCCAGUGUGGUGUAGUGGUUAAGAGCGGUAGUCUCGUAAUCUGGGGAACCGGGUUCGCGUCUCUGCUCCUCCACAUGCAGCUGCUGGGUGACCUUGGGCCAGUCACACUUCUCUGAAGUCUCUCAGCCCCACUCACCUCACAGAGUGUUUGUUGUGGGGGAUGAAGGGAAAGGAGAAUGUUAGCCGCUUUGAGACUCCUUAAAGGGAGUGAAAGGCGGGAUAUCAAAUCCAAACUCUUCUUCCUCUUCUUCUUCUUCUUUCUCCUGCAUGGGAGGGUAGGACUCGAACCAAAGGCUUCAGGCUACAAGAAAGGAGAUUCUGACUAAACAUCAGGCAUAACUUUCUGACAGCAAGAGCCGUUCGACUGGGAAAAGGACUCCCUCAGGAGGUUGUGGACUCCCCUUCCUUGGUGGUUACAUAUAUAUAUGUGUGUGUGUGUAAUUAGUUUUUUAACAUACUAUUUUCAACAAUUAUUAAACAUACUUUUCUAUCUUAUAUACAAUUUUUUUUGACUUCCAUCAAUCAUAUCUGAAAAUUUUCCACUCUUAUCACUUAAUUGACAUUUCUUACUUUCACUAUAGGCACGCGGGUGGCGCUGUGGGUUAAACCACAGAGCCUAGGGCUUGCCGAUCAGAAGGUCGGCGGUUUGAAUCCCCGCAACGGGGUGAGCUCCUGUUGCUCGAUUCCUGCUCCUGCCAACCUAGCAGUUCAAAAGCACAUCAAAGUGCAAGUAGAUAAAUAGGUACCGCUCCGGCGGGAAGGUAAACGGUGUUUCCGUGCGCUGCUCUGGUUCCCAGAAGCGGCUUAGUCAUGCUGGCCACAUGACCCGGAAGCUGUACGCCGGCUCCCCCGGCCAAUAAAGCAAGAUGAGCACCACAACCCCAGAGUCGGUCACAACUGGACCUAAUGGUCAGGGGUCCCUUUACCUUUACCUUUUUACUUUCACUAUUACAUUUAAAUAUCAUAACUAAUAUCUCUCUUCUUUGCAAUAUUUCAUAUAUUUCUCCUUAGCGUAAUUUGUUCAUUACAGUUGCUCUUCAAGUAAUUCGUAUAUUUCUUCCAAUCUUCUGUAAAUACCUGGUCCCGCAGGUUUCGAAUCCUUCCUGUCGUUUUAUCCAAUUCUGUGUAGUCCAUUCAUUUUGUCUGCCAUUCUUCUUUUGUUGGUAUUCCUUGGUGGUUUCUAAGCAGAGAUUGGACGGCCACCUGUCAUGGAUGCUUUAGCUGAGAUUCCUGCAUUGCAGCGGGUUGGACUAGAUGACCAUCGGGGUCCCUUCCACGAAUCCAUGAUUUUUUGAAGUAAAUUAAUCCUGGGCCAUUUGUUCUCAAAGGAGGCUGUCCCACCCACCCCAAACGUCACUGGGCAAGGUUGGCUUGGCAGGAGGAGAUGCCAGUUGGGCCCUGGGCCUUGUGCCACGAGGCAGUUGGCCAUGCCUGGAAUUUGACAGUGCUUCUCUUCACAGAGCAUGGAAAGGAAAAAGUGACCGGGGUGGCGGUCGAUGACAGGGACGUAAAACAUCCUAAAAAAUUUUAGAAGCCGGCCUAGAGAGGGAAAAGUGAUACGGAAUGCAACACAUCUGCUAGAGCAGGAGAGAUCUGUCGUUCUCAGUAGAGUGGUACCUCAGGUUAAGUACUUAAUUCGUUCCGGAGGUCGGUACUUAACCUGAAACUGUUCUUAACCUGAAGCACCACUUUAGCUAAUGGGGCCUCCUGCUGCUGCCGCGCCGCCGGAGCACGAUUUCUGUUCUCAUCCUGAAGCAAAGUUCUUAACCUGAAGCACUAUUUCUGGGUUAGCGGAGUCUGUAACCUGAAGCGUAUGUAACCGCAAGCGUAUGUAACCUGAGGUACCACUGUACAUUGAAAUUGAAAUACUUUAUUGUCACUUGUACAGCUUGUAUUCAGUGAGAUUACACGAGCACCCCCCACUCAGCUCUCUUAGUCUUAAUUCCCCUCGUUUACUGACGCACACCCACCAAACCCAAAAGUCAGUUGCCCUGUUGUUAUCUUUUCAUUCAGCAGCCUAACAGCCCAUGGAUAGAAGCUGUUCUUUACCCUGUUGGUGUGAAAAAUCAUGCUUCUAUAUCUUCUGCCCGAGGGCAGGAGAUCAAGAAAGUGCUGGCCAGGGUGUGAAUUUUCCUCACUCUCCUGAGGCAACGUUCUUCCGCUAUUUCAUUCAGCGGAUUCACGGGACAGCCCAUAAUAUCUUGUGCUGUAUUCACCACCCUCUGUAGGCCCUUCCUAUCAGUUGAUGUCAAACCAGCGUACCACACCAUGAUGCAGUAUGAAAGGACAAUUUCUAUUGUUGACUGGUAGAAGGAGAUAAUCAAAUGUUGAUUGACAUCGUUCUUUCGCAAUACUCUGAGGAGAUGGAGUCUCUGUUGGAUCAUCACCUUGCAUGAACCUCUUUCUUUCUUUCUUUCUUUCUUUCUUUCUUUCUUUCUUUCUUUCUUUCUUUCCUUCCUUCCUUCCUUCCUCCCUCUCUCCCUCCCUCCCUGUUCUUUAUUCUUCAGACUCAAAUCCAAAGUUUCAUUAGCAGUGGUCUUUAGUCUUCAUACUCAAAUCUUGAAUCUUGAAGAAGAGAAGAAGAAGAGUUUGGAUUUGAUAUCCCGCUUUAUCACUCCCCGAGGGAGUCUCAAAGCGGCUAACAUUCUCCUUUCCCUUUCUCCCCCAAAACAAACACUCUGUGAGGUGAGUGGGGCUGAGAGACUUCAGAGUAGUGUGACUGGCCCAAGGUCACCCAGCAGCUGCAUGUGGAGGAGCGGGGAAGCGAACCCGGUUCCCCAGAUUACGAGACUACCGCUCUUAACCACUACACCACACUGGCUCUCUUGAUUUCUGCCAUGGAUAUAUUCAGGCUGGAAACAUCUUUUCUCAGGGGAAGGAGAACCCAGGUCAAAUCCUAUCCUAUUAUGAUUCUUUGAGGACUGAUGAGACGAACACUUGGGUCUUGGUGGCCCACCUCCCCAGUCUGUCCACCUCAUCUUCCCUACUUUGGGACACCAUCGCUGUUUAUUGCAGGUCCAGGCAGCCUGACUGGCCUUCAGGAGGCAGAGAGGGAGAAAUCCACAAACCAAGGGGACCCGCUUUGUUCCCUUUUCUUCCUUUUACGCACAUCCCAAUCAGGGAUGCCCAGUUUGGAAGAACUGCUCUGCGUUGGAUCAAAAGCGUUUGCUGUUUUAAUUGCAGGGCGAAAUGGAAUGGCUGGCAAAGCUGCCAUCUUGAGCAAUGUUGUCACCAGCCCCACCCCCUCAAAGUACUUUAUUGAGGGGGCACAAGAUCUAACCAGCUUUCAGCAACCAAAAUGCCAGUUGCUAGGCUCAGGUUGUUGUUGUUUAAAUGAACCUAAGAACAUCAUGCGAAAGGCUGGGCUGGAUGAAUCCCAAGCCGGAAUUAAGAUUGCCGGAAGAAAUAUCAAGAACCUCAGAUAUGCAGAUGACACAACCUUGAUGGCAGAAAGUGAAGAGGAAUUAAAGAACCUUUUAAUGAGGGUGAAAGAGGAGAGCGCAAAAUAAGGUCUGAAGCUCAACAUAAAAAAAACGAAGAUUAUGGCCACCGGUCCCAUCACCUCCUGGCAAAUAGAAGGGGAAGAAAUGGAGGCAGUGAGAGAUUUUACUUUCUUGGGCUCCAUGAUCACUGCAGAUGGUGACAGCAGUCACGAAAUUAAAAGACACUUGCUUCUUGGGAGAAAAUGCCGACAAACCUAGACAGCAUCUUAAAAAGCAGAGACAUCACCUUGCCAGCAAAGGUCUGUAUAGUUAAAGCUAUGGUUUUCCCAGUAGUGAUGUAUGGAAGUGAGAGCUGGACCAUAAAGAAGGCUGACCGCCGAAGAAUUGAUGCUUUUGAAUUCUGGUGCUGGAGGAGACUCUUGAGAGUCCCAUGGACUGCAAGAAGAUCAAACCGAUCCAUUCUGAAGGAAAUCAGCCCUGAGUGCUCACUGGAAGGACAGAUCCUGAAGCUGAGGCUCCAAUACUUUGGCCACCUCAUGAGAAGAGAAGACUCCCUGGAAAAGACCCUGAUGUUGGGAAAGAUGGAGGGCACAAGGAGAAGGGGACGACAGAGGACGAGAUGGUUGGACAGUGUUCUCAAAGCUACCAGCAUGAACCUGACCAAACUGCGGGAGGCAAUGCAAGACAGGAGUGCCUGGCGUCCUCUGGUCUAUGGGGUCACGAAGAGUUGGACACAACUAAACGACAACAAGAACAUAAUGUUGCACAACACCCCGAUCCCUGAGCAGAUUCCAGGAGUCCCAGGAAUUUACCCGGGGUUCGAGGCACAGAGGAAGCAGCGGUGUCUUUAUGAUAUUUGGUUUCUUUACACAUAUAUACAACCUGAGCUCAUGUAUGAUGGAGGGGUUCUUAGCAUUAACACCCAGAAGGAUAUUGUUUCUCCCAUAGCCGCAGCCUUGGAUUCAAACAGGAACCAAAUGCCUCUCUCUCUCUCUCUCUCUCUCUCUCUCUCUCUCUCUCUCCAUCUCUAUCUCCAUCUCCAUCUUGCUGCUUUUUCCUUUGGCUCACAUCACCAAACCCUUUGCCUUUUUUUCUAACUACCAGCCGUUUGCAUCUCGCACAGAUCCACUUCCUUUGUUCCCUAUAAUGGCUCAUCACCCAGGCGAUCGCCUCACCAGGAAGCUAGCCUGGCUUCUAUUUUAACAUAUGCUGGAUCCAUGGGUUAGAAGGGUCUCAGCAUACAGCCCACUUGCCCCUAACUCCUAAUAAUAAGAAGAAUCCCACUGGAUCAGGCCAAGGGCCCAUCUACCCCAGGGUCCUGCCCUCUCCGUGGCCAACCUGAUGCCUCUGGGAACUUGAUGCCACAGCACUCUCUCCAACGAAUAUCCUCCACAAAUUCAUCUACUCCCCUUUGAAACCAUUCAAGCAGGUGGCCAUAAUUACAACUUGCGGGAGCAAAUUCCAUCCUUUUAUCUACUCUACUGGCAUGUGAGGGACGCGGGUGGCGCUGUAGGUUAAACCACAGAGCCUAGGACUUGCUGAUCAGAAGGUCGGCGGUUCGAAUCCCCGCGAUGGGGUGAGCUCCCGUUGCUCGGUCCCUGCUCCUGCCCACCUAGCAGUUUGAAAGCACGUCAAAGUGCAAGUAGAUAAAUAGGUACCACUCUGGCGGGAAGGUAAACGGCGUUUCCAUGCGCUGCUCUGGUUCGCCAGAAGUGGCUUAGUCCUGCUGGCCACGUGACCCGGAAGCUGAACGCUGGCUCCCUCGGCCAAUAAUGCGAGAUGAGCACCGCAACCCCACAGUCGGUCACGACUGGACCUAAUGGUCAGGGGUCCCUUUACCUUACUGGCGUGGCUACUAGUCACCUGGGUUUUUGCAUCCCUGAGAUGAGAAGAUGAUUUGUAAACUAGAACUUCCUUUAUUGAGGUGUUUCAUACUGUGAGCGGGUCACAGGCAACAGGUUGUUUUAAAAUAUAGUUCCUGAAUUUGUUUUCAAGCUGACAGCACCAAAGAGAACCUUACAGUAAAACGAAUCAAGCCGUUAAUAAUAGAUUUAAAGCUGACACCGUUCGUUGUAAAGAAUGAAUGGAAACAGUCGUCUAAAAAGCCCUUUACAUUCAGAAUGCUAUUUUGUUCAUUCUGUCUACUUUCUAACGUUAUCUCAGAGCUCACUUCUGUUGGGUCCAGGAUUUGUUCUGUUUGCCCCACAUUUGCUAGGCAUGGGUCUGAGAGGUUUUUCUUCCAUCCUGCCUCUCCCCCCAGGAAAACCUGCUCUUUACUGCUGAAUCAGAACAAACGUCAAUCCCUGAUUGACAUGUCUUCCAUCAUCAGUGGGUUUUCCCAUGGAAAGUGGCAGGAUGAAAGAAAAAACCUCUAAGACCGAGUCCUAGGACAAAUGGAAAUGUAGAUGAUCCCUAAGUCAUGUUGUUUUUUGUUUUUGUUUUAAAGAAGAAGAUACAACUAAAAAACUUCAAAACUAUUUUGAGAUUGCAAGAGGUAGUAAUUCUCUGGACAAUGCUGUAUAGGGACCCUAGCGUUCCCAGAAAGUGUUCCUACAAUAACUUGGUGCUUUUGCUCUGAAAUAAGACGUUAUUUUCGGCAUUACAGUGGUGCCUCGGUUUACGAACUUAAUCCAUUCCGGAAGUCUGUUCUUAAACCGAAACCGUUCUUAAACCGAGGUGUGCUUUCCCUAAUGAGGCCUCCCGCCGGCGGUAAAGUUCGCAAACUUCCGUUUUUGCGGAGUUCGUAAACCAAAUCGUUUGUAAACAGGGCUGUACUUAAACCGAGGUACCACUAUAUAGCAAAAAACCCCAAAACCUUUUAUUUUUCACUUGUUGGAUUUCCCCCUGAAAGGGACAAGGCCAGAUGAAAUUGAGCUGGGAUGUAGAAACCGGCAUUUUUACAUCAGGUCUGCAAAACAAAACUGUGCUGGGCCCGGGGGUAACCCGAGUAGCGUGGUCCAGGUUCCUGUCCCGAAUCCAGGGGUGAGGAGUCAGUCUGGCAGGUCCAAGGCAGGACACGAGGCAGAAAACCAGGCAAGGUCAGGCAGGAUCACAGGCAGGUUCUGGCAUACAGCAAUGUUGCUCCUGCAACCUGGGGCGGGGUCCGACAGCCUUUUUUCUUUGUCAGGGUAAUGACCGGUCCUGAUCCCCCAAUGACUCACCUCCCUGUUUCGCCCAAAGGUGAGCACUCCUCCUGCGAGUACUCAGGUCUCUCCUUCUCUCAGACCUCAGUCUCUGCAGCUCGGGAGACGUCGGUGGGUUACUAGACCCAGAGGCCGCCUCAGCCUCCCCGACCCAACCGGCAGCGGAGCAGCUGUAAGCGAUGGCCCAGCUGAAGGCAAUGAGGUAAUCCCCACAUCUGGAGCCAGGGCAGGCUCAGGCCUCUGACUCGGCCCAGCUGGUGCUUGUUGCAGGGGAACCUGUGCAGACUGGGGCUCUUCAGGAUCAGACCCCAGACUUGGUUCAGAUGCCGCCUGAGGCAAAGGAUCCGGUGCGGACUGAGACUCCUCUGGUUCCGAGUCCGAGCCUGAGUCCCAGGCCAGCACACAAAACAAAACAAAAAACCUUGCAUGCUUGAGAAGUCCCCCUCUUGCAAUUGCCUGGGCGAUGCACUCUAACAGGUGCAGGCAGGUAAGACUGGGGUGAAGGGAGAGCUCCCUCCUUUUCUGGGGAACUCUUGAGAUAUCCUGGUCCAAGAAAGGCCCCUUCCGGCAUUUGGGGCAUUGAGGGCAGAAGUGAAGGCAGAGUCCGUGACGGAAGCGACCAAGGUGGAUUCACAAAAGGGGGUUUCUCAGAAUAGCUGUCAACUUACAGAUUUGAAAAUAAGGGACCAGCAGCCUCGAAAAUAAGGGAUCAGCAGCCAAAAUAAGGGAUUUUGCUUAGCUUAUACAGAAAUCCGCCACUGACGGAGCCAUGCUGCUUUUGCUGCGACUGACUGUGUUCUGCAGGGGGGGUUGGACUAGAUGAUCCUAAGGGUCUACAGCUCCCACCAAAGAAGAGUGGCAGACAAAACUGAUGAACGACGUCGAGAUGGCAAAGCUUACAGGCAGAAUUAGAAAUCAGGAAGAGGACCUCUUUAAUAAAGAAUGGGGAAAGUUUAUAAUUUAGUUGAAAAGCUAUUGUAAAGAGUUACAUACAUUGGUAGGAUUGACAGAACACUUGUAGUAAAAAUUUGAACUAUGGAUGGACAAAUGAUUUGUAAAAAUAGAGUUAUGAGAGGGAUGCAGAGGGGGAAAUCACUACAUUAAGAUGCUGCACUGGUUGGAGGGGAUGCUAAGCAGCACGUCAGGGCUGCCUUCGUCCUGGUGCGAGGAGUUCCAUCGGCCCUUCCCCGCCUGAGAGAGAGGGAGAGAGACUCUCACCCAUGCCACCCGCCAACCCGGCAUGAGGUGGUUGUGGCGCCGCUGCGGCCACUGAAGCGCCGCCCUUCUGCGUCCCUCCCCAUACCCUCCUCUUCCUCCUCCCUCAGGCUGCCUCCUCAGCCGCUACUGCCGCUUCCGGCUUCCCCUGGCAGCGCGGCGGAAGUCUCGCAAGAGAGGGGCUGCCUGCCCACCCGCCGCCACCCGUCUCCUCACAAUGCACCCCUGAGGGGGAAAAGGGAGAGACAGAGACGCGGCAGCUCGUGCGCGCGCUCUCUAGAGGCGGAGGACCCCGGGCCGCUGCUUCCCUCCCGAGCCGGGCGAGCAUGAAAUCCGGGAAAUUUAAGGGACAGCAGCAGGACACGGCGCUGGGAUAAGGGAGUUUCCCGCCAAAUAAGGGACGGUUGACAGCUAUGGUUUCUCAGACACCCCAGACUGUAGGGUUUGCACCGUCCAGAUGCAAAGGACGUUGAGCAACAGCUGAGAGGGGGCUGCUGGCUCUUUCUUGGCAGACCCCCGAACAGGGCCAGGUGUCCCAGCCAUCGCUCUGCUCUGCCAACUUCUGGUGCCAGAAAGUCAAAAACAGGUUGCUGAAAGACAGCAGAAGCGUGUUGGAAGUGGGGUAAGACCGGGACUUUUGUGGUGGCAGUUCCUGGGGUCCGGCUCUCUCUCUCGGCUCCUGAAAGGCAGAGAGGAUAAACAGGUGGUGCUUGUUCACCAGCAUCUAAAUCUGCGCCCUUUUUUAAAAGCUUGCCCGCAAACUCCUAACAAAUGCAGCCAGCCAGCCUCGCCAUCUUGCUGCUGCAGUUUGCAGGCUUGAAAAGAAGUCAGACUUUCGCAAGAGCUGGCAAACGCGCUGCAGCAACUCAGCUGACAGGCUGUCCUCAGGAGACACGGCUGGCUCUGGUGGAUUUUUCCAUGAGGCUUUAAGAAGAAAAAAACCCCCCAAAAAACAACAACAUUGUUGCUUUCUUGCGCUGGGUGCAGGAGGGAACGGGGGAAAUGUACAAAUAUUAAGCCUUGGCCUCGCUGGCUUGCCUUGUGUGGCGUGUUCUCUUGAAGAAGAAAGCCUGCCCUGUUCUCCAUCAGCAGCGUCUGAAAGCAGACGGGAUUGCGAGGAAGCACAGAAAGAUAUCCCCACUGCCGGCUCUUAUUUUCAUAGUAGAAUCAUAUGAUAGAGAUGGAUGGGACCCCCAAGGGCCAUCUAGCCUGACCCCCUGAAAUCAGAGGCGUAGGCGGGGGGGCGGACCGCCCCAGGUGUCAUCACUAAGGGGGUGACAUUCGGUGCACCACCCGCCCGCAACUCCCAAGCCUACCCUGAGCCGUCAAUGGGGGGGAGUGAAAAAAAAAUUUCCACACUGGGUACCACGUGACCUUGCUACACCUCUGCCUGCAAUGCAGGAAUCUCAGCUGAAGCCCCCCUGACAGAUGGCCACCCAACCUCUGCUUAAAAACCUCCAAGGAAUGAGAGUCCACAACCUCCAGUGGCGGACUGUUCCACCGUCUAGCGGCUCUUACUGUCUGAAAAUUCCACCUGAUUUUUAUUUGGAAUCUCCUUUCUUGAAUCUCUUGGUCUGAUUCUCCCCUCUGGAGCAUCUCGCUCCACUUCCAUGUGGCAGCACUUGGAAGAUGGCUCUGAGGCUCCUCUUCUCCAGGCUAAACAUCUAAACAUGCCCAGCUCCUUCAACCGUUCCUCAUCAGGCUUUGUUUCCACAGCCUUGAUCAUCUUGAUUGUUGUCCUCUGCACAGCUUCCAGCUUGUUAAUAAUAAUAAUAAUAAUAAUAAUAAUAAUAAUAAUUUAUUAUUUGUACCCCGCCCAUCUGGCUGGGUUUCCCCAGCCACUCUGGGCGGCGUCCAACAAAGAUUAAAAAUACAUCAAAAUGUCACACAUUAAAAACUUCCCUAAGCAGGGCUGCUUUCAGAUGUUUUCUAAAUGUCAGGUAGUUGUUUAUCUCUUUGACAUCUGGUGGGAGGGUGUUCCACAGGGCGGGCGCCACCACCAAGAAGGCCCUCUACCUGGUUCCCUGUAACUUGGCUUCUCGCAGUGAGGGAAACGCCAGAAGGCCCUCAGCACUGGACCUCAGUGUCUGGGCAGAACGAUGGGGGUGGAGACGCUCCUUCAGGUAUACUGGGCCUUUGAGGCCGUUUAGGGCUUUAAAGGUCAGCACCAACACUUUGAAUUGUGCUCGGAAACGUACUGGGAGCCAAUGUAGGUUUUUCAAGACCGGUGUUAUGUGGUCUCGGCGGCCGCCCCCAGUCACCAGUCUAGCUGCCGCAUUCUGGAUUAGUUGCAGUUUCUGGGUCACCUUCAAAGGUAGCCCCACGCAGAGCGCAUUGCAGUAGUCCAAGCAGGAGAUAACUAGAGCAUGCACCACUCUGAGGUGCCCAGAACUGGACACCGGACUUCCAACCAACCCACCCCUCCCUCCCGCUUUUUAUUUUAACCUUCUCAUAUCUGACUUGUUUUGUUGUUGUGGAGGUCGGAUGAUCGGCAGCUGUCAGCUACUUCUUGUAUGAGCAAAGCAUUUUGCAAGAGAGCUGCUGUUUAAGGUGCCAGUUAAAGCCUCUUCAAGUUCCCUUUGUAUUGUGCGUUCGCAGUUAUUUGUACUAUCGGGGCAGUCAUACUGUGAUUCCUCUUUCGAUGUUGUGUACACCCUGCAGAAAUUUUGGGGUGCCCCCACUACUUCAUUUCCAACCAGUGUGUAACUUCCUGCUGAAAUACUUCUCAUUCCACAAAUGUUUUGGGAGGGGAGCAGUGUGGGGCUUGACCCACUUUUGUUGGGCUAUGAGUAAGUUGUAGACCUCUUAUCCUUUGUGAAUUCCCCUGCUCUGUGUGUGUUUUUUUAAGCCUUCUAAGCCAUUGCCUAUGAAUACAUAUUGUGGCAGGGAGUUCCAGAAGGUAACUUUGCAUUGUGCAAAGUAGUCCUCUCUUUUUUCUGGCUUGAAUCUAUUGCCCGCCUAAUAUGAUGCGAGAGGGAGAAAAACUAUGUUCUCUACUUUCUACACACCAGAUAUCAUCUUAUAAGCAGCAGCUUCUUCUUCUUCUUCUUCUUCCUCUUCCUCUUCUUCAGUUCUUUCUUUUUUUGAUAUUCUAUUUAUUUAUUUAUACUUUCCAAGUUUAUACAUUUCACUAAUUUUAUACAUUUCACUAAUUGUACAUUCAAUUUGAUAUUUCCAAACUUGACUUCCACCCCUCUUCUUUCUGUGGUUCCUUAAAUUCGUUUUAAUAUCUUCUGCAUAUCCACAUUAACUUAAUUUGCUCAUUGAUUUCAUCUUCUUUAAGUACUGCAUAUACUCUUCUGAAACUGCAGGUUGUUACAAAAAUCCUGCCAAUGUUUUUACCUGUUUAUAAUUUAUCUGUAAAUAUUCAAUAAACCAUUUCCAUUCAAUAUAUAUAUAUAUACAGUGGUACCUCGGGUUACAUACACUUCAGGUUAUAUACGCUUCAGGUUACAGACUCUGCUAACGCAGAAAUAUUACCUCGGGUUAAGAACUUUGCUUCAGGAUGAGAACAGAAAUCGUGCUCCGGUGGCGCAGUGGCAGCAGGAGGCCCCAUUAGCUAAAGUGGUGCUUCAGGUUAAGAACGGUUUCAGGUUAAGUACGGACCUCUGGAACGAAUUAAGUACUUAACCUGAGGUACCACUGUAUAUGUAUACAUACACACACACACAAAUUCAUCUUAUAAGCUUCUAUCAUGUCCCACCCCACCUUGCACACUGAAACAUCGUGGGCACACGAACCUCUUUCCUGGUUCAGUAUCUUGCAAGUCUAGCAGCUGCCAGAGAGCAAAUUAACCUCUCCACCCCACGCCACCUGCGACCUGGCUCCAGUCCUGCUCCUUGAACAAUGCCUCGAAGGCAAAUAAAUAUAUUUACCCAAGCAAAUAUAUUUCACUCCCUCUCGAAAAGCCGCUGGAACAGGGCCAGUCUCGGGACGGAGAGGGCUGGGGCGUCAAAAGGCAGCCACUCUCCCCCAGACGCAACCACGGUCAAGGCCCCCUGUGCCUUUCGGGAGUCCUUCUCGUGCAAUAUUUCGGCAGGUCCAGAGGGAAGAGAGGAGGAACAGCUGCUCAGGGUGUGAGCCUGACCUUCUUCUCUGCCUUGGCGCAGGGACUGUGAAAUCCCCUCUGUUGCUGAAUGGCUAAAGAUACACAAGUCCCUUUGAGCUGGAAGCAGCCCACCAGGCAGACAGCAGAACACAGCAACCACCGCAAGCCAGGAGGCUCAGUGCGCCUCUGAUGGGUCACCAUGCGCGGCUGGGGGAGGCCGGGUGCGCCACAACUUCUGCAGGUUCAAGAGACGGUGGUGGGUUGAGCGAGCUCCGGUGGGCUUUAAAAGCGCUGCUAUUACAGACGCUUCAGGUUACAGACUCCGCUAACCCAGAAAUAGUACCUCGGGUUAAGAACUUUGCUUCAGGACGAGAACAGAAAUCGCGCAGCAGCGGGAGGCCCCAUGAGCUAAAGUGGUACCUCAGGUUAAGAACAGUUUCAGGUUAAGAACGAACCUCCAGAACGAAUUAAAUUCUUAACCCGAGGUACCACUGUACAUCUUUCCGGAGGGCCUGCAAGACAGAGCUGUUCCGCCUGGCCUUUGGUUUGGACUCAGUCCCUCCCCAUAUGGUUUUGUUUUAUGGGCUACUUUUAAAAUGAGGCUGCAUUUUAAAUUGCAUCUUAACCUGUAUUUUAAAUUGUUUUUUUUCUUUUGUUUUCUUUUUUCGUAUUACGUUUUUACUGUAAUUUUACUGGUGUUAGCCGCCCUGAGCCCAGCUCUGGCCCGGGAGCGGGGUAUAAAUAAAUAAAUUAUUAUUAUUAUUUCAUACCCUCAAACCUUUCUCUGAUGAAAAUAGGGACGUCCCAUUCCAUAAUGAUAUUUUUAGUUUUUAUAACCCACACAUCUUACUGGGUUGCCCCUGCCACUCUGGGCAGCUUCCAACAUAUAUCAAAACAUAACAAAACUUUAAAAGAAAAAGCCCUUUCCCUAUACAGGAUUGCCUUCAACCAGCUCGGGAGUCAAAUAACUCCAUACCCUCCAACGUUUCUCCAAUGAAAAUGGGGACGUCCUAAGGAAAAGCGGGAUCAAAUCAGAAACUGGGACAGCUUAUCUAAAUGAGGGACAUCCCUGGAAAAUAGGGACACUUGGAGGUUCAGAUGUAUAUUUUGGGAAGUGGUUUCCGUGACCUCUGUGCAUUUGGAUGCCUCUAAAGAUGCCGUAACCAAAUGAUGUGGUUCCUGAGAUCAAGGAACAGGUUUCUGUCGGUUUUGGGGUACGGUGGGGUGCAAUUUUGAAUCGACAGCAGACGGAACCUUCUAAAAAUGCACUGAGCAAUGCUGGGUACAAGGUUGCUUGUGCGCGUAUGAGAGAGAAAUGUCUCCAUCAAUAGCUAAAAGGUAAAGGGACCCCUGACCAUUAGGUCCAGUCGCGGACGACUCUGGGGUUGCGGCGCUCAUCUUGCUUUACUGGCCAAGGGAGCUGGCGUACAGCUUCCGGGUCAUGUGGCCAGCAUGACUAAGCCGCUUCUGGCGAACCAGAGCAGCGCACGGAAACACCGUUUACCUUCCCGGCGGAGUGGUACCUAUUUAUCUACUUGCACUUUGAUGUCCUUUCGAACUGCUAGGUUGGCAGGAGCAGGGACUGAGCAACGGGAGCUCACCCCGUCGCGGGGAUUCGAACCGCCGGCCUUCUGAUUGGCAAGCCUAGGCUCUGUGGUUUAACCCACAGCGCCACCCGCGUCCCUAUCCAUCAAUAGCUAUGAGUCAUGAAAACUCAUCGUAGAACCUUCAGCUUCAGAGACAGUCUAUCUUUGAAUCCUGGAUUCUGGGGAGGAACACAUGCAGGUGGUUCUUGCCUUCCUGCUCUGCUUCUGCGCCUUCCCCAGAGGUAUUUUAUGGAGAGCAGGAUCCUAGAUUAGAUGGGACUCUCUGGUCUGAUCCAAUAAAGCCCCUUUUGCCCCGAUUCCUGUCUUUCUGGCUGCCUUGAGAGAGGGGUAGGGUUGCCAAUGUCACACACACACUCUCUCCUUUUCUGCCCUGGCAGUAGUAGGAGGUACGCAGAAAAUCUGCUGGUGAUUAUGCUUUCCCCAUCAUUUCUCCUGGCUGAAAACAAACAGCCCCAGCUUGUCUGCAUGUUGGGUCAUUGUCAAAGCCAAUGGAGCAUUAAUUCAUUUUUUUUAAAUGUGGCAAACACAGGGAUCAAAGAUGCCCUUUGUGCUUGCAUGAGAGUGGCGGAAAAUCUUCCCUGUGAGAGAGGGCCUCUCCACACUGGUUUUUUUUUUUUUUAUUUUGGGUGUAAUUCUGAAGCAUGUUUUUAAUGCAGUUACUGCUGCAAUCAUGGUAGACGUUAUGGAUUGUUGUUAUUAUUAUUUACAGUGGUACCUCGGGUUACAUACGCUUCAGGUUACAUACCCUUCAGGUUACAGACUUCAGGUUAACCCAGAAAUAGUGCUUCAGGUUAAGCACUUUGCUUCAGGAUGAGAACAGAAAUCGUGCUCUGGCGGCGCGUCAGGAGCGGGAGGCCCCAUUAGCUAAAGUGAUGCUUCAGGUUAAGAACAGUUUCAGGUUAAGUACAGACCUCCAGAACGAAUUAAGUACUUAACCUGAGGUACCACUGUAUUGCAUUUAUAUGCCGCCCUAUACCCCGUGGUCUCAGCAUAUGUUGUUCUGCCGUUCUACCCCAGUGCUGCCACACAUUUAGCAAGAGGACCCCUAAGGUAAAGGACCCCUGGAUGGUUAAGUCCAGCCAAAGGCGACUAUGGGGUUGCGGCGCUCAUCUCGCAUUCAGGCCAAGGGAACCGGUGUUUGUCCACAGACAGCUUUCCGGGGCAUGUGGUCAACAUGACUAAACCACUUCUGGCCCAAUGGGACACAUGACGGAAAGCAGAGUGCAUGGAAACUCCGUUUACCUUCCUGCCAGAGUGGUACCUAUUUAUCUACUUGCACUGGUGUGCUUUCGAACUGCUAGGUUGGCAGGAGCUGGGACAGAGCAAUGGGAGCUCACCCCGUUGCAGGGAUUCGAACCGCUGACCUGACCGGCAAGCCCAAGAGGCUCGGUGGUUAAGACCACAGUGCCACCCGCGUCUCUGUGGAGGACUGCUAUUCCUCUUCCAGAGCAAUGAUUCCCAAGGCCCCCUGGGAAGAGGAAUGGUUUGUUAAACCGCUCUUGGAAUAGGGGUGUCUCUCAGCACCCUUAACACACUACAGCUCCCAGUAUAUUUUUGGGGGGGAAUCCAUCGCUGUUUAAAAUGGCAUCGCAGCUCCCUAAGAAAGAUGAAAAGGUGCCAUUUUGGCUGGAUCCUUUACCUUUAGGGACAUGGGUGGCGCUGUGGGUUAAACCACAGAGCCUAGGGCUUGCCGAUCAGAAGGUCGGCGGUUCGAAUCCCCGCGACGGGGUGAGCUCCGGUUGCUUGGUCCCUGCUCCUGCCAACCUAGCAGUUCGAAAGCACACCAGUGCAAGUAGAUAAAUAGAUACCGCUCCGGCGGGAAGGUAAACGGCGUUUCCGUGCGCUGCUCUGGUUUGCCAGAAGCGGCUUAGUCAUUCUGGCCACAUGACCCGGAAGCUGUACACCGGCUCCCUUGGCCAAUAAAGCGAGAUGAGCGCCGCAACCCCAGAGUGGGUCACGACUGGACCUAAUGGUCAGGGGUCCCUUUACCUUUAGGAAGGCUCUUUUUAGGGCGUGUGAUGAUCGGGAGAACCAAGCAUGCCAUGCUUUCCCUCCUGCCUCUUCCCCCAAGUCUUUUGCAAUCUCCUCCCCAAACAAACCCCAUUCCAUACUCCUGGGUCACAUCCUUGAGCUAUUUAUAAGCUGCUUCUCUCUCUCUCUCCCUGUCUCGAGACUUCCAGCUGUCGCUCUGCCAAGGCGGCGGCGAUUGCAUCUCUCCCCGACCAUCUCUUUGCUUCAUCUUUCCGUCGCCAUGUGAGGAAAUCGCUUUCGAGAUCCUCAGGAGCUAUCUGUUUCCCCAAACACCACAUCUCUGAGACGUCGUUGCCGCCGCCGGUUGAGUCACCCGGUUGACGCCAAGUGCUGAGGUCACCUGACCCCCCUCGCCGGGUCACGUGACCUCCCCACCCCACCAGUUGGCCGCACAGUUUAUUUUAAGCCAUGCGCUCAGGCCUCUGGUGGUGCACAGGGCCUUCUCUGAGAAACCUCUGAGUCAUGCUACCCCUGCCCAGAGUUGGCGUUGCUGUAUAAGGGAAGCUCUUGCCCGCUAUUAAUAUGACCGAGGCCAUAGCAGGUGGGCUCGAAAAUGCCACAUUAUUUCCCCGCUUCUUGCUCAUCCGAAGGACCAUCUGCCAGAGGGUAGCUAAGGCACGAAAAUAAACGUGAGCGCAUCUGCCAGCGUUAUGUGGGGUUGAGGAGCCUCUGCCAACCUGGUGCCCUCCAUAUUUUAUUUUAUUUUUGGAUGACAAUGCCCACAGAACCAGACUUUCCUAAAGGAAUGGAAGAAGUUUUCGACCGGAAAGCAGUUGUAAUCCAUUGACAUCGCUCGUAGGGUUAAAAUAAGUUUUGUAAGGAGUACUUUAUAAAUUAUCAUGAGGAGAAUUAAGAAUAGAUGUAUUGGAAAUGUGAGUUUAUAACUAUAGAAACAAAACGCAUAAUUAGAAAGGCUUUAGAAAACCGUCAGCCGAGGUUGAAGGAAGUCUGAGGCGGUGAUAGCCCAAAAAUUCGAAAUGAUGCUUAAAAGGAUGUUAUGUUGGAAAAUGUGUGUAAAAACUAAUAAAAAUUAUUUAUUAGACAGUGCCCAUCCGACCUCAGCCAGGGCGCUUGGUUUAUUUUAUUUUUGUUUAUUGUGUUUAUAUCUCACCUUUUCCUCCCAGGAGCUCAAGGUGGUGGGUGGGGCGUGUUUCUGCCCCUCAUUUUCUCCCCACAACAACCCUGUGAGGUAGGUUAGGUGAAGAGAUGCGGCGGCUUGCCCAAGGUCUCGCCCAGUGAGCUUCACGACCAAGUGGGGGGAUUCGAACUCUGGUCUCCCAGGUCGUAGUGUGACACUCCAGCCACUACACCCCAUGGGCUCUCUUUUCCCCCAAUUAUUUUUUUAUUUGCAUUUUCAAAUAACUGUUUAUCUAAAUUCUCUGGCUUUUCAGCAGCUGUGCCACACAGAGCCAGCCCUAUCGUUAGGCAAAGUGAGGCAGGGGAGAGGCAGAAGGAAGGAGAUGGGUGGCAAAGUGCGGAUGUGAGCCAUUCUUCUUCUUCUUCUUCUUCUUAUUAUUAUUAUUAUUAUUAUUUAGAUUUAUAUGCUGCCCUUCAUCAAAAGAUCUCAGGGUGGUUCACAAGAUAAAAACACAAGAUAAAAGCACACAUAAAUAGUUAAAAUAGAAACGAUGAAACAAUAACCUCCCCCCCCCCCAAAAAAAACAGAUUUUAAAGGCUGUGGAAUAUUAAUCAGCCAAAGGUCUUGUUGAAGAGGAGCGUUUUUGCCUGGUGCCUAAAGAAAGGUAAUGAAGAUUUGAAAUUUUGAAAUGUAGAUUUGAAAUUUACAGACUGUUCUCUUUUGAAAGAAAACUCUAUGAAAAUGAUGUACAGAUGGUAUAUUACCCCAGUACAGAUAGCAAAAAUGUAUAAAACUGGGUCAAACAAAUGUUGGAAAUGUAAAGAAAAAGAAGGGACUUUUUAUCGUAUGUGGUGGGAAUGCAGAGAAGUUUAAAAAAAUUGGGAAAUGAUAUACAAUGAAUUUUAAAAAAAUGUUUAAAAUGACAUUUGUAAAAAAGCCAGAAGCAGUUUUGUUAGGGAUUUUAGGACAAGACCAGCCAAGAAAAGCAAAGAAUCUAUUUAUGUAUGCUACGACAGCUGCAAGAGUCUUGAUAGCACAAGGAUGGAAGAAUGAGGAAAUCCCAACGAAAGAACAGUGGCAAGAAAAAUUGAUGAGCUACGCAGAGCUGGCUAAAUUGACAUACAAACUGUGUGAUAAGGACAACUGUGACUUUAAGGAAGAAUGGGAACUUUUUCAAAUUAUCUAAAAAAACAACAAAAUGAACUGGACUCCUUGGCAGGUUUUGAAUAAACACCCACAAAUUUAUUGGUCGAUUAUAUGAUAGAUAAGGCAAGGAUAGGUAUAAUUUUAUAACAUGCAGAGAAUAAUAUGUGCAGAGAAAUCAGAGAGAGGAGCUGAGGGAAGUCCCAUUUUUGGGGGGGGAGGGAUGGAAGGGGGGGAAAGGGGAAAAAUAAUGUGUGUGAUUUUAUGGUCUGAUAAUUUGUUAUGUUGAAAUUGCUUAAUAAAAAUAUUUUUUUUUUAAAGAAAUGUAAUGAAGGCACCAGGCGAGACUCUCUGGGGAGAGCAUUCCACAGACAGGGAGCCACCACAGACGAGACUCCCUGGGGAGAGCAUUCCACAGACAGGGAGCCACCGCAGAAAAGGCCCUGUUCUUGUUUUGCCACCCUCUGGACCUCACACAGAGGAGGCACACAAAGAAGGGCCUCGGAUUAUAGAAUUGUAGACUUGGCAGAUAUCCCAAGGUCAUCUAGUCCAACCCACUGCAAUGCAGGUGUCUUGGCUAAAGCAGGUGGCCAUCCAGUUUCUCCUUUAAAACCCUCCUAGCUACCAUUCUGCCCUUCUGGGUUUCUGUUCUUUCCCCUCCCUGCCCCCCCGAAAAAUAAUUUGCUUUUCUUUGCCACCAGCGGAGCCAGUCACCUCCAGGCUGAAAGCGCUGCGGCUGCAACGGGACGAUUUCGAGAUCCUCAAAGUGAUUGGACGGGGAGCCUUCAGCGAGGUGAGAAGGGCUGGGUUUUUUGGGGGGGGCUCUCUCUUCUACCAGGUGCCCUCGGUACCAGAUGUCCAGCGAGGCAAACUUUUCAAUAGUCCAGGCGAAAACAACGCUGAAAUAUUGGGCCCUUCCUGGUGACCCUAGGGCAGCCUCGGCCAACCUGGUGCCCUGCAGAUAUAAUAAUAAUAAUAAUAAUAAUAAUAAUAAUAAUAAUAAUAUAAUAAUAAUAAUAAUAAUAAUAAUAAUAAUAAUAAUAAUUUAUUAUUUAUACUCCGCCCAUCUGGCUGAGUCUCCCCAGCCACUCUGGGCGGCUCCCAAUCAAGUGUUAAAAACAGUACAGCAUUAAAUAUUAAAAUCUUCCCUAAACAGGGCUGCCUUCAGAUGUCUUUUAAAGAUAGGAUAGCUGCUUAUUUCCUUCACAUCUGAAGGGAGGGUGUUCCACAGGGUGGGCGCCACUACCGAGAAGGCCCUCUGUCUGGUUCCCUGUAACCUCACUUCUCCUAAUGAGGGAACCGCCAGAAGGCCCUCGGUGCUGGACCUCAGCGUCCAGGCAGAACGAUGGGGGUGGAGACGCUCCUUCAAGUAUAUAGGACCGAGGCUGUUUAGGGCUUUAAAGGUCAACACCAACACUUUGAAUUGUGCUCAGAAACGUACUGGGAGCCAAUGCAGAUCUCUCAGUACCGGUGUUAUGUGGUCUUGGUGGCCACUCCUAGUCACCAGUCUAGCUGCCGCAUUCUGGAUUGAUUGCAGUUUCCGGGUCACCUUCAAAGGUAGCCCCACGCAGAGCGCAUUGCAGUAGUCCAAGCGGGAGAUAACUAGAGCAUGCACCACUCUGGCGAGACCGUCUGUGGGCAGCGAGGGUCUUAGCCUGAGUACUAUAACUCCCAUCAGCCAGCCUGGCUAAGGCUGGCUUGGGGCAAAGUUCCGGAAGAGACGGCUCCUCACGGCGCUACAAUUCCUAGAGCGGUUUAACAAUCCAUCCCUCUUCAUGGGUCGCCCUGGGAACUGUAGGGAAUAGAGGCCCCUUGACAGCGCUCUGCACCCUCAGCAAACUAAAGCUCCCAUAAUUCUUUGGGGGAAGCCAUGACUGUUUUUGAGUGGUUUCCCCAGAUGGGCUGCAUAUAAAUAAAAUAAUAAUACAGUGGUAUUAUUGACUUCCACCCCUCCUCUUUCUGUGGUUCCUUAAAUUUGUUUUUAAUAUCUUCUGCAUAUCCACAUUACCGGUAACUUAAUUUGCUCAUUAAUUUCAUCUUCUUUAAGUACUGCAUAUACUCUUCUGAAACUGCAGGUUGUUACAAAAAUCCUGCCAAUGUUUUUACCUGUUUAUAAUUUAUCUGUAAAUAUUCAAUAAACCAUUUCCAUUCAAUAUAUAUAUAUAUACAGUGGUACCUCGGGUUACAUACGCUUCAGGUUACAUACGCUUCAGGUAACAGACUCCGCUAACCCAGAAAUAGUGCUUCAGGUUAAGAACUUUGCUUCAGGAUGAGAACAGAAAUUGUGCUCCGGCAGCGGGAGGCCCCAUUAGCUAAAGUGGUGCUUCAGGUUAAGAACAGUUUCAGGUUAAGAACGGACCUCCGGAACGAAUUAAGUACUUAACCCGAGGUACCACUGUAAUAAUGAUGAUGAUGAUGCAUGGUGCAACUGUGGCCCAGGUAUGUCAGUCCAGCCCCUUCUUCAACACACGGACUCCCAUCCCCUAUUUUACCUGCACAGGUAGCGGUCGUGAAGCUGAAGAGGACAUCCCAGGUGUACGCCAUGAAGAUAAUGAAUAAAUGGGACAUGUUGAAGCGGGUCGAGGUGGGUAUGGCAAGCUGCGCCCUCAAGGCCCUGUGGGUGGUUUGGCCUUUACAGGUCAACACCAGCUCUUUGGAUGGUACCCAAAAACAGUGGGAUUCUCAGGUGACUUGUCAUGGACUGGUUGGACACAAAGGAAUGGUGAGAGGAACCAGUUGGGGAGCCCCCAAGGGAAGAAGGCUCAGAGCCAGGAGAGUAGUGGUGGGACGACAAUGAGCGGAUGGAGAGAGAAGAGGGAGCAGACUGGGAGAAGGUGGUGUUGGAAGUUGAAGAGAGGACAGGGCUUAGUGAGCAGGGAGAGUCUGUGGCAGAGAGCAGUCCAGAAUCGGAGGCAGAAGCAGAGGCCAAGAGGCAGAGAUGAGUCUGGCUGGGGAAGAGUCCUGGGUGUCUCCCCCUCCUCCUGCAACCAGCUCCCCGCCUUUACUCACAGAACCAGAAGAGAGAUGGAAAGGGUGGAGGGGAGGUUGACUGCAUGCAGACACAGUCUCCGAUUGCUUGGGGAAAACCCUGGAGAGGAGGCGAUUUAUGCUAGCGGCCAAAAUUGUGGAAGCCUUUUGGGGAAAGUGUAUUUCCGAGGUUUGAUGGCUCAUAACACCCGAUUGGCUCUCUAAACACUCACUCUCAUUGGCUACAGUCAAAUGAAGCAAAGCUACUGCGUAUCAACCUAAGCAAGUUAUGCUUCCUUUUUCUGGUUAUUUGGCAUAACAUUUAAUCAAAUAGAGGGACGCGGGUGGCGCUGUGGGUUAAACCACAGAGCCUAGGACUUGCUGAUCAAAAGGACAGUGGUUCGAAUCCCUGCCACGGGGUGAGCUCCCAUUGCUCGGUCCCUGCUCCUGCCAACCUAGCAGUUCAAAAGCACGUCAAAGUGCAAGUAGAUAAAUAGGUACCGCUCUGGCAGGAAGGUAAACGGUGUUUUGGUGCACUGCUCUGGUUCGCCAGAAGCGGCUUAGUCAUGCUGGCCACAUGACCCGGAAGCUGUACGCUGGCUCCCUUGGCCAAUAAAGCGAGAUGAGCGCCGCAACCCCAGAGUCGUCUGCGACUGGACCUAAUGGUCAGGGGUCCCUUUACCUUUACCUAUGCUUAGCUACCCAAAGAAGAUAUGAAAUUAGAUGGUAUAACAAAUAAUUGUGUACUGAAUUGAGAAAAUAAAUCGAUUUCGCUGCUGCGCCCAUCAGGUUUCCUGCUUCCGAGAGGAGCGGGACGUGUUGGUUAACGGAGACAAGCGCUGGAUUACGCAGCUGCACUUUGCUUUCCAAGACGAGAAUUACCUGGUGAGUGAUUAUCAUCGUUUAUCUGUAGGCGGCCUUUCCAUGGAUAAAGCCACACUCAGGGCUGCUCACAACAUGAAAAGACUUACAAAAAUACAUCAUAAGCAGUACGUAAAUAUGUUUUGAAACAUGCAUGAACAAAACUAAGUGCCGUAUUUUUUGCUCUAUAAGACGCACCUAGUUUUAGAGGAGGAGAACAAGAAAAAGAAUAUUCUCUCCCUCUCUGCUCAGCGCCUCUCCAGCAAAGCGGGAGGAGAAACGGAAGGGGUUCUGUUUCUCCUCCCGCUUCGCUGAAGGGGCGCUGUGCAGAGAGGGAAAGCUGUGCAGCGCCUCUCCAGCGAAGCGAAGCCAGGAGAGCAAGAGGGAUCAGUGCACACCGAUCCCUCUUGCUCUCCUGGCUUCAGCGAAAGCAACGCGAAGUUUCCUGGACCUAAUGGUCAGGGGUCCCGUUACCUUUACUUUGAUUAUUGCCUUCAUUUUAUGGAUCCAUGGUCUCGUUAGACAGUAAAAUUCGUGUUAAAUUGCUGUUUUAGGGGGUGUUUUUCAUCGUCUGGAACGGAUCAAUCCAUUUCCUAUUACUUUCAAUGGGAAAGUCCGCUUCAGGUUAAGAACGCUUCAGGUUAAGAAUGGACUUCCGGAACCAAUUAAGUACUUAACCUGAGGUACCACUGUAUUAGCAAAACAAAUAACCCAAAGCAAUACCCCACCCCAAUAGCCUAUAGGCAUCCUGAGCCCCAAACUGGCAACAGAUUCUUCCAUUGCAGAGAGUUGGUCUAGAUGAUCCCUGUGGUCCCCUCCAAGUCUAUGUUUCUAUGACUCACAACCAAAACAGUCCCUUGUGCAGCCUCAGCUUUUGUAGCUGGAGUCAGUCCACUGGUCUUUCAGUCAGCCAGUGAGGGCUCCGCCCUCCCCAGUCAGGUGGGAAGAGGCUAGCAAAUCAGGGAGUGGGUCUUGCACGACUCACAGCCAAUAUGGGGCUGCUGAGUAUGACAUAAGAGCCGAAGAAGACGCAGUGGAGAUCCAUUUGGCCCAGUACUCUGUCUCUGACAGUGGGCAGCCGGGACUCCGGCAGAAGAUCACUGGCAGGACACGGGACCCCGGCUCAGUUCCAGAAUCCAGUUUCUCAACGAGAAAGUCAGGACAGAAGCAACAAAAGGAAGGGGAGAUGUGUGUCUUUCCUUCCUCGCUGGAUUAUGUCAAGCCCACACAGGUCUGGAAUUAAGAGCCUCCACUUCAAAAGGAAAGCCGUCCUCCGGUUCGAAACAAAGCGCUGACGUUUGCCAUCCCUUCUAGUUUGCUCCAGAUCCGGCGGUAUUCUGCCCCCAAAUGACCACCAUUGACAAAUUUGUUCUCUCCGGAGUUUAGCCUUUUAGGGUGUUGGUGGGCAUGCGAGUUAGCAGGGAGUCUGCGCUUUGUGGUUUGGGGAUGUCUGGAGCAAGUCGAGACGUUUUGUUUUUUAAUUCAGAGGGGAAAGGGAGGAGUGGUGAUAGAUGGCCCCUGUGGGGGCUACAUCGCUUUUGCCGUGAGCUGUGAGGCAAAGAAGCUUUUUGCAGACCGAAGGCUUGUCAAAUGUAUCAUCUUAUCCUCAUGAUGGCCAAACUGAUGCCCCAUAUAGGAAACCCACAAGGAAUAAUAAUAAUAAUAAUAAUAAUAAUAAUAAUAAUUUAUUUAUACCCCACCCAUCUGGCUGGGCUUCCCCAGCCACUCUGGGCGGCUUUCAACAAAAUAUUAAAAUACAGUAAUGCAUCAAACAUUAAAAGCUUCCCUAAACAGGGCUGCCUUCAGAUGUCUUCUAAAAGUAGGAUAGUUGAUUAUUUCCUUAACAUCUGAAGGGAGGGCGUUCCACAAGACGGGUGCCACCACCAAGAAGGCCCUCUGCCUGGUUCCCUGUAACUUGGCUUCUCGCAGUGAGGGAACCGCCAGAAGGAAGAACUGAGCACAACAGCCCACUCCUCGGAAAAUCGUAUUCAGAGGCAUAUUUUGCCCCCCUCAGUGGAGGCAGUAUGUAGUUUCAGUUUAGUAAAACCGUAGCCUGCCCUCAGCUUUCAGGACACAAAGGCUAAACAGAGAACGGCGUAUUCUACAAAUGAAGAACGGAGCCCUUCAAAUUCGCACGCCGGCCUUCGCUAAGUCGGUAUAGUUAGCGUUUACCUCAGCUUCUCCAUCUGCAGUAUGGGGAUAAUAAUAAUAAUAAUAAUAAUACUAUCUUGCCUUGUAGGGUUGUUUAAAGACAGCUGAGGAAAACAGUAGUAAAUAAAAUAAAAAUAAUAACUAGGGUCAGACAGAACUUCUUUACUGACUCCAGGUGUGGGCAUCAGUCUGACACAGAGUGUAAGCACCAGCCCUCUCGCCAGAGUUUCUUCGGGCUUCAUAGAGUCAUAGAGUUGGAAGGGACCCUGAGGCUCAUCUAGUCCACCCCCUGCAAUGCAGGAAUAUGCAGCUUCCCCAUACAGGGAUCGAACCUGCAACCUUGGCAUUACCAGCACCAUGCUGUAACCAACUGAGCUAUCCUGAGAUUCGAAACCCUGGACUCAGCUACAUUAGUAAAAAAUAAAACGUUAUAAAUGCGUUAUAACACCGUGACACCAGAUGGCGCUGUAGAGCUAAACUCAGAACAUUAUGAAAUUUUCCAUUGUGGGUUUUAAAACGUGUUUUUUUCCCUCAGAGCAUUUUUUUUAUAACUUUGUAGAUGCAGCCCCUGUCUCUGGUUGUGAGGGGACUUUGAGUUUUCGGGGCCCCAAACAGCAGUUGGCAUUGCGAUAAAUGAUAGUCUUUGCCAACCUAGUGCCCUCUGGCUGUUUUGGACUACAAUUCCCAUCAGCCAGAGGUUGUCAGGUUGGAAAACACUGGUCUAUGAGAACACGGUUGCCUAAAACAGGAGGAAUGGGUGCUGUUUCUUAACCUUUCUCAACUCCAUCCAUCUGUAGUAUCUGGUGAUGGACUACUAUGUUGGGGGAGACCUCUUGACGCUGCUGAGCAAAUUUGGGGACCGCAUCCCAAUGGAGAUGGCUCGCUUCUACCUGGCUGAGAUGGUGAUGGCCAUAGACUCAAUACACCGGAUAGGUUAUGUACACAGGUAGGUGGAGCAGGCGGGUGGGGGUCUCAUGGGGGGAAGGGCCAAGAAAGAGCGCUCUAGGCUAGGCCCGAGGAAACUCCGGCCUGGAGUCUGAAUGUGGCCCUCUAGCCCUCUUUAUGUGGCCCUCAGGACUCUCCCUAGUCCUCACCGUAACCAGCUCAGCUUUGCACACAGAAAGCUUUUGACUGGCUAGACUGGUGUUUGCCAAAGUGGGCGAUACCGUCCCCUAGGGGGCGUUGGAACGAUCUAGGGGGCAGUCGUAAACUCAGGUGCAAUUGGGGGGGCAUUGAAUAAAAAUAAGGAGGCAGUGGAAACAUAAAGGAAGAAAAGGAGAGAAGGAAAAAUUGAAAAACCAUUUAAUCUAUUGACACUUCUUCUUUUCCUUUGGCGAUCAUUCGUAGCCGAUUAAGAUUGUCUUCCAUAAACACGGUUUUAACAAUGAGUCCGUAAGUAACUGUGGAGGCCAGUUCUGGAUCCACACGUCCUUCCACAGUGGGGACAUUGGUUCCCGGGCGGGAGUUGAUCACAGUGUGGAUUUGCCAAGCGUGCCUUCCUCUUAGCACGUUUCUUCCUUUCGUCCUGACUUCGAGUGUCUUCAAAGCCCAUGACACCUUUGCUAAAGGCUGUUCUCCAACUGGAGCGCUCGCAGGCCAGUGUUUGCCAGUUGUCAGUGUUUAUACUUCCUAGUCGGAGAGCACCGGAAAUAGCUUGUGCACAUGUGUUAUUUCCAGUGCACAUCCGGGUCGGAGGAGGCCUGUGCACAUGCGCACAAGCUAUUUCCGGUGCUCCUUAGACCCAGAAGUACACUGGAAAUAGCGUGUGCGCACGCGUAUGGGCACGUGCUCCCCCGCCCUCCAGCCCGACGCGCGAUCGGCGCUGGAGACACUGGUCCGAGGCGCGGUAAUUUUGCUGACCCCUAUGAUAGAGGGUUCUAGGCUGCAUCCUAUUGCCCGCUCCCCCCACCCAUUCACUCACCUUCCCCCAGCCCAAUCAGUCACCCUAAAUCCCAACUCUGCGCUCCAGAAUAGGCAGAACUCGAACCCGGCACUGGGGCUUUCUCAGAGUUCCACGCUGAUUUGCCGCCAAACUCCUCAAACCCCCAAAUCCCUUCUCCUUUGCCCAUCAGCGUGUUCGAAGAAGCAGAAUAUUGGAGGCAGAGUGUGUGGGGUGUGUGUUGGGGGGAGAGAUCAACCCCCUCCCACUUUCUUGCCUUUGCCUCUGGAAUUUCUGGGCUAUAAUCCCCUUUCAAAGCAAACUCUUUCGGUUUACAGGUCUCCGCCAGGCUCCCCCCCCUUCCUGACUCUGUAGCCUGCUCCAGAGGGGGCAGAGGAACGUCUAUGGGGUCAGGAGGGGUUGUGGGGUGGGGAGGACCAGGCAAGAAUUCCAGAGUCUUUGUGGCUCGCCCGCCUCCCCGCCCCCAGCUGCUGGGUCCAUGAGGCCGGCCGGCGCCCCCCUCGCACACAGAGUGCCAAAACAGCCAAAAAUGUUGUCCUAGAUUCAUAAUCGCCUAAUUCAUCUCAGGCUGUGCAAGACAAGCUGGGCUUCCCUCCAAACCACAUGAGCGGCCGAGGCUUGGGAAUGCAGAGGGGCCUGCCGGUGGGGUGGGGGCAGAGAAAGGGAGGGGCACUGGGGGGUAUUGAGGGCGGAGCGGCUUUCAAAGGAGGAAUCCCCCAAGCAACGGAAACCCCGACAGAGGCUUCUAGGGACCCGGUUAGAUCUUGGGACCCAAAUGGAGAAUGCCUCACACUGUGGACAGGGUCUUUCCAGUGGUGACCUCCGGAACUCCCUGCCCAGGAAGUUCCUGUGCCUCCACUUUGUCUGUUUUGGGGAGAAAUCUUGAGAUGUUUUUCUUCUUUGGAUAUCCCAAUCUUUGUUUUAUUCAUUGCGACAGGGAAUUGACUGCCACUGCUCAUGUUUUUGGGGAGAGGAGGUGGUCAGGAAAGACCCCCAAAGAACCACCUCCUGUGUGUCUUUCCUCUCACCUAAAUAGCCCCAAAUGCUGCUGAUUAAACAAAGCAGUAGGUCUUAAUUUGGGCCCCAGCUCUGAACAGAAAUGCCCUGUGGAGCAUCGGAUGGCACUGCCUCUGAGCAUGUGCAGAGCUUGCUUCCUUUGCUGUUCAGUAACCAUGAGCAGUGCCGUAUAGUUAAAGCCUUAGCUAUCAACUUUUCCCUUUUCUUGUGAGGAAUCCUAUUCGGAAUAAGGAAAUUUCCCUUAAAAAAAUGAAAACAUUGACAGCUAUGGUUAAAGCUGUGGCUUUCCCAGUAGUGAUGUAUGAAAGUGAGAGCCGGACCAUAAAGAAGGCUGAUCGCCGAAGAAUUGAUGCUUUUGAAUUAUGGUGCUGGAGGAGACUCUUGAGAGUCCCAUGGACUGCUAGAAGACCAAACCUCUCCAUUCUGAAGGAAAUCAGCCCUGAGUGCUCACUGGAAGGACAGAUCCUGAAGCUGAGGCUCCAAGACUUUGGCCACCUCAUGAGAAGAGAAGACACCCUGGAAAAGACCCUGAUGUUGGGAAAGAUGGAGGGCAGAAGGAGAAAGGGAGGACAGAGGAUGAGAUGGUGGGACAGUGUUCUCGAAGCUACCAGCAUGAGUUUGACCAAACUGCGGGAGGCAGUGGAAGACAGGCGUGCCUGGUGUGCUCUGGUCCAGGGGGUCACGAAGAGUCAGACACGACUAAACAACACCAACAACCAUGAGCAGCUAUCUGGCUGCCUUUGAGGAGGGACUGAGCCCCUCUCUACUUCCCCCACUCCUCGUUUCAGUUUCCCAGUCUCCAGACUUUCUCACUUAUCUCUUUCCACUCCCCAACAGAGACAUCAAACCAGACAACAUCCUCCUGGACCGAUGCGGACAUAUCCGGCUGGGGGACUUUGGCUCCUGCCUCAAGCUCCGCAAAGACGGGACGGUGAGACUUGAAUUGGGGGUGGGGGCGAUUAGGAACAAGGAACCAGGCACAGGGCCUUCUUGGUAGUGGCACCCGCCCUGUCGAAUACCCACCCGUCAGCUGUCAAACAGAUGAACAGCUACACAACUUUUUGAAGACAUCUGAAGGCAGCCCUGUAAAAGGAAUUUGUUAAUGUUUGAUAUGUAUUGUGUUUUUAUUAUGUUGAAAGCUGCCCAGUGUGGCUGGGGCAACUCGAUCAGAUGGGCGGUGAGUUGUUGUAUUAUUAUUAUUAUUACUAUUGUUAUUAUUAUUGUAACUGUCAAAAGGAAAGUUAGAGGUUUGGCGCGCGCGCCUAGUUCAAAUGUAGAGGCGCGCGGAAGUGCAGGGAGCCCGGAGGAGGGGCCAGGUCCCAAAGCCCGCAGGAGGGGGGAAGAGCAGUCUGGGGAUUCAGCGUCAGAGGAAUCCAGAAGGGGCGCAACCCCGGGGGCAGAAGGACCCUGCGGAAAAGGAAGGAGAGAAAGAGGUGGAGCAGCGCAAGUCUCUUAAAUUGGUGCAGAGGAGGGAGUGACUCAGAGGGGACUUCGGCGGUCUAGCGUAAGAGACGUAAGGCUGCACGCCUAGGAUGUCAAGCAAACCAUGAACUGCAAUAAACACCUUUGUAUACAAGAAGACGUAGGCGUUGGUCUUUUGUGAGCUAAGACUUGAGGCAGCCUUGACAGUAAGUCCCCUCUGAGUCACUCCCUCCUCUGCACCAAUUUAAGAGACUUGCGCUGCUCCACCUCUUUCUCUCCUUCCUUUUCCGCAGGGUCCUUCUGCCCCCUGGGGUUGCGCCCCUUCUGGAUUCCUCUGACGCUGAAUCCCCAGACUGCUCUUCCCCCCUGCGGGCUUUGGGACCUGGCCCCUCCUCCGGGCUCCCUGCACUUCCGCGCGCCUCUACAUUUGAACUAGGCGCGCGCGCCAAACCCCUAACUUUCCUUUUGACAGUUACACUACUCCCUUCACUGCUCCCCUCUCCUUCCGGGAGGGCGGCUUGCUCUGACCCCCCUCCUCUCUCUGCUGCUGGAGCUGCUUCCUCUGACACACUGGAAACUCCACCCCCUUCGCUGCACUUUGGUGGGGAGGCUGGUCCUGACGCCCAGCUGCCACUUUGGGAUCCUCCGCUGGCACCCUGCUCCUGACACUUCCCCCCUGGGGCUCCCCUGGCCCUGACCACCGGCGCCCCCUUCUGGGAAUCCUCUGAUUCGCUGGAAAGACUCAUGGAAUCCCUUGAGUCAUUGUCAUCCUCUUCCUCGCUGGCUUGGAAUUCCUCCCCCUCGCUCUCCAUCUCCUGCCUACCCUGUGCCUCUCUCUCUGAACCCCUGACAAUUAUGAUUAUUAAGCCUGCCUUUAGAGGCAAACUGACAUAAUUAAUUUGCCCUUUCUGAAACAAUACGAAAACUGAAACACGGACACCCUCUGAAAUUUGCACUUCUUUGAAUUUUUCAGGGCAGUUCUCCAGCUAAUAAUAAUAAUUAUUAUUAUUUUUAUGCCCCGCCCAUCCGGCUGGGUUUCCCCAGCCACUCUGGGUGGCUCCCAACAGAAUAUUAUAAACAUGAUAAAACAUCAAACAUUAAAAACUUCCCUAAACAGGGCUGCCUGCAGAUGUCUUCUAAAAGCCAGAGAGUUGUUUAUUUCCUUGACCUGAUGGGAGGGUGUUUCACAGGGCGGGCACCAAUACCAAGAAGACCCUCUGUCUGGUUCCCUGUAACCUCACUUCUUACACUGAGGGAACUGCCAGAAGGCCCUCGGAGCUGGACCUCAGUGUCCAGGCUGAACGAUGGGGGGGGGGGGAGACGCUCCUUCAGCUAUACUGGGCCUUUGAGGCCACUUAGGGCUUUAAAGGUUAGCACCAACACUUUGAAUUGUGCUCAGAAACAUGUGCCAAAAUGUACAUAGCUACGGGAAAGUGUGUACAGUGGUACCUCGGGUUACAGAUACUUCAUGUUACAGACACUUCAGGUUACAGACUCCGCUAACCCAGGAAUAGUAAAUUGGGUUAAGAACUUUGCUUCAGGAUGAGAACAGAAAUUGUGCUCCGGUGGCGCGGCGGCAGUAGGAGGCCCCAUUAGCUAAAGUGGUACCUCAGGUUAAGAACAGUUUCAGGUUAAGAACGGACCUCCAGAAUGAAUUAAGUUCUUAACCUGAGGUACCACUGUAAGUGGAAAACCCCUACUCCAGCAAAAACACACACAAAAAACCAGCACACAUGUGUGGCAGGUCUGCUCAACGAUAGCCGUGGGCACCCCAGAUUACCUCUCCCCCGAGAUCCUGCAAGCGGUGGAAGACGGCGCCCACUCCUACGGCACGGAGUGCGACUGGUGGUCCCUUGGCGUCUUCGCCUACGAGAUGUUCUUCGGCCACACUCCUUUCUUUGCCGACUCCGUGGUGGAGACGUACGGAAAGAUAAUCCAUUUCAAAGUAAGCGAGGGGCGGAGACUUCGGGGCGGGGUUCGCGGGUCUGUGUGGGUUUGCCUCACAGAGAAUCGGGCCCAAAAUCUCUCCCUGGGCGCCCUUGCCGAUUGUCAAAACUCCCCUUUCCGAAGGAACACUUCCGGUUCCCUCCGUCGGUUCCCGACGUCCCUCCCGAAGCUCUGGCCUUGAUCGAAGGGCUUAUCUGCCCCCGGGAGAUGCGGCUGGGGCGCAACGGAGUCCGGGACUUCCAGGAGCACCCCUUCUUUGUGGGCGUGGACUGGGACUCGCUGCGGGACUGCGUGCCGUCGUUCGUGCCCGAAUUUGCCAACGCCACUGACACCUGCAACUUUGACGUGGUGGAUGACUGUCUCACUGACAUGGUGAGCGGGGGAGGGGUACGUGACUUUUUAUUUGUCCCCCUUACUCCCAAUUCCUCUCUCCCCCCCCAGUGCCAGUUCAUCUGAGAAACACUGUUUAAGUAACUGUGGACUCCAUGGGUGAGAGAGUUUUACAGAGGUAUCCCUUCCUCAUCCUACUCUUCGGACAAUAAUUCCCAUUGCUUCGCUCGUUUCAAAAUGUGGCGAGCCAGCCCUACUGGGUAUGGGGCAGGGGGGGGUCAUGUUUAUUCUCCUAGGUGGGACUCCAGGGAACCACCCCAGAGUCCUGCCCUGGCCGUCGCAGUUUACAACAGCUAAAACACAAUCUUCACACACUUGGCUGAGUGUCAGACCUAAUGGCUACAGCAGCUCAUCCCCAGGAGGUCUUAGAAGAGUUUGGAUUCUUUUCUUACCCCUUGAAUCAGUUGCUGAGACUAAAAGUAGGGUUGCCAUAUGUCUGGGGAAAUCCGUACGUAUGGCAGCCCAUGUUGGCAGUGUCGUUUUUGCCGCUUUUCCUGAAAAAUCGCUCAGAAACGUCAAUUUUUUGUGUGAUUUCCGCCAAAAAAGUUCCAGAACUUUGUCCCCCGCCACAAAGCUUUUGUGUCCGGAUUUUUUUGAAAUAUGGCAACCCUACUCAAAGUUCCUAUCUCACCACUGCCAUCUAAAUCACCUCCCCUCCAGGGCUUUCCCCGAGCAAUCAGAGACUAAGCCUGCCUGCAGCCAACCUAUCCUCCACCCUUUUCAUGCCUCUUCUGGUUCUGGGAGACAAGUGGGGAGAGGAGCUUGACGCAGGAGAGGCAGGAAACACCUGCAAUACUUUGCCAGCCUGCCUCACCUCUGCCUCUUGGCCCCCUUCCUCUCCUGCUUCUUCUUCUGCCUCUGAUUCCGGACUGCUCUCUGCCACAGACUAACCCCGCUCACUGAGCCCUGUUACCUCUUCCGCUUCCAACACCUCCUCUUCCCCAUCAUCUCCCUCUGACCAUUCUUUAUUAUUAUUAUUAUUAUUGGUUUUCACAUAUUACAUUACAAUACAGAUGUACCAAAGCCAACACCAUUUCCUCCCCAUCCCCCCAUACAUUUACAUUUCUGUUUCCUCGAUCCAUCAUAUUACAGCGAUACCUCGGGUUACAUACGCUUCAGCUUACAUACGCUUCAGGUUACAGACUCCGCUAACCCAGAAAUAGUGCUUCAGGUUAAGAACUUUGCUUCAGGAUGAGAACAGAAAUUGUGCUUCUGUGGCGCAGCGGCAGCAGGAGGGCCCAUUAGCUAAAGUGGUGCUUCAGGUUAAGAACAGUUUCAGGUUAAGUACGGACCUACGGAAAGAAUUAAGUACUUAACCCGAGGUGCCACUGUAUUCUUUUCUCCUUCCUCCCACUUCCCUCUGCCCCCCCUUGAUUUCCUCCACAUUAUACCAUUUAGAAUAAUCUUUGCAUUCUACAACCUUCUCAAAUCAUCUAUAUAUUCUUAUUAUCUUUCCUUACUAAUUUUUCUUCCAUCCAGUACUUCACAUUUUAAUCUAGGCAUAUUAGCAUAUAUAUAUUUUUGAGCAAUAUUUUGCCAUAUAUUCAUCAAAGCAUUUUUAAUUCAACUGAUUUCUUAUCAUAGCAGUUAAUUUUGCACAAAUUAAAUAUUCAUUUAGUUUACAAAUCCAUUCCUCCUUUGUGGGUAUAGUUUGUGACUUCCACCUAGCAGCAAUCCCUAUUCUAGCAGCUGUACUUGCAUAUAGAAAGAUUCUCCUCCCCCCCCCCGUGGUAUCUCAUCAUCUACUCUUUGUUGUCCUCCACCAAUUCCCUGGCUCUGAGCCUUCUUCCCUUGGGGGGGGGGGUCCCUCCAGCUGGUUCCUCUCACCAUUCCUCUGCCCCCAUGGCAUUCCCUGAAAGUCCGCUGCAGAAACCCUAGUGUAAUCUUUCUCAGCCUUGAUCCCCCAGUUGCUAUUGAACUACAAAUUCCAUAAUCCCUGACCACUGCCCAUGCUGGCUAGGAAUGAGGGGAGCCGUAAUCUGACGACAUUGAGGAACCCAAGAUUGAGGUACAGUGGUGCCCCGCAAGACGAAUGCCUCGCAAGACGGAAAACUCGCUAGGCGAAAGAGUUUUCCGUUUUGGAGGUGCCUCGCAAAACGAAUCUGCUAUGGGCUUGCUUCGCAAGACGAAAAUGUCUUGCGAGUUCCUGGGUUUUUUUUUUCCUUUUCCCCCUCUUUUCUAAGUCGCUAAGCCGCUUAUCUGCUUAUCAGAUAAGCUGAUAAGCUGCUAAAAGCCGCUAAAAGCCGCUAAAAGCCGCUAAUAGCGCUAAUAGCGCUAAUCCGCUAAUCCCAUCAAUGGGCUUGCUUCGCAAGACGAAAAAACCGCUAGACGAAGAGACUCCCAGAACGGAUUCUUUUCGUCUUGCGAGGCACCACUGUACCACUGUAUGUAAAUCCAGCACUGCCAGUAGGAGGCGCUAUGCUCAGCCUGCUGCUGCUGCUGCUCCGGUUAGAACUGACCCCCCCAAACACCCACCCACCCUCUGUGUGCUUGUGUCUCCCUUUUCCUAGGAAACCUUGUCGGAUGUGAUGGAGAGCUCUCCGCUCGGGGUGCACCUGCCCUUCGUGGGGUAUUCGUACACCUACACGGCAGCAGCAAAGUAAGACACCUUUGGGGGUGCUGGGGGCGCUUGGGUUGGGAACCCCAAGGCCAUAGCUGUCAACUUGUCCCUUUUCUUGCGAGGAAUCCUAUUCAGAAUAAGGGAAUUUCCCUUAAAAAAAGGCUGUGCCUAAGGCUGGUGUCAGAAGCCAGUUGCAGGCCCUGGAAUUGAGGUAGCUGGAGGGGUUCUGUCACCUGUGCAGAAGGUGGCAGGCGUACACCUAGGCUGAAUCUAGACCUAUAUAGAAAAAAACACUGUGAAAAUGCUUUUUUAAAAAAACCACAAAAACGUUUUAAAAUAUAUAUUGAAUUUUGCAUUAGCUCACCACCGCCAUCUGGUGUCCCAUUUGUGUAAUGCGCUUAAAACACACCUAAGACAUUACAUUUGCAGCUGCGUAGCCGAGUCCCUGGUCCCAGAAAGCAAGUUGACCCCUGGGCAAAACGGUCCUGCGGCAACGCGGAGACCCUGCCAGGAUCGGGUCCGUGAGGCUCUCCCUUUCUCUCAGACAGAAUGAGGCAGAGGAAAGAGGCCGCGGGGACGUCAGCAUGGAGGUCGACGGUAGCCAGAGGACUUUGCCCCCAGAGCAGACCCCCAAGCAAACCCCGGAGGAGCUGGUAGGUUGGGGGACCAACUGGAGCCAGGAUGGGGCAGUGGAGAGCCUAAACUGGUACCCCAGAGGCACCUCAGUGUGUGAGGUUUCACAGACACCUCCGUCUUGCUCUCUACCAGGCAUGCAAACUCCCGGAUGGACAGAAGCUUGACGUGGCCACUUUCCUAGAGUUGCAGUCGGCUCUCGAGGAGGAGCUGAGGAGCCGGGAGAUGCUGUGUCAAGAGCUCAGCAUGGUCAAGGGGGCCAACCAGACCUUUGCCAGGUGAGGGUUCUGGGUGUUAGGAUAUUGAUGUUCUGAUUCAACUUAAGAAUUGGCAUGUGGACCAUAGCUGUCAACUGUCCCUUAUUUGGUGGGAAAGUCCCUUACCCCAGUGCCGUGUCCCGCUGCUGUCCCUUAUUGAUGAUGUCCCUUAAAUUUCCCGGGUUUCAAAGGAAGCAGCUCCUCUCCCUCCCUCCCUGCCGGCCAGGGAGGAGGGAGACUCCAACUGUGUUGCUUGGCUGCGUUGCUCACCCAAUAAGGAGUCUGAGAAUGACUGGGGGGGUGGAGCUUGCAUGCCUUGUGCCAAUCAAAUCGGCCGCAUUGCCUGGGGACUCGCCUUUGCUCAGCGCUUCCCAGCGGAGAGGUGACGGUGGUUUUCCUUGCUGCAUCCCCUUUGCCGGGUUGCUGCGCUGUGGGAACCACCGCUUGAGGCUUUGUUUGGCUGUUGGCUGGGCUUUCUGCCUUUGGCUGGGAGGGGUUCAAAAGUCGAACAUACCUGUGCUCUGAAAUUCCCUUAUUUUGGCUGCUGAUCCCUAUUUUCGAGGCUGCUGGUCCCUUAUUUUCAAAUCUGUAAGUUGACAGCUAUGAUGUGGAGUUGUUGCGUGUCACAUGUCUGUUUACUUCCAGCACAGCCUGCUGGGAACUUCCGUUGUGUAUAGCUUUUGCUUUUGCUUUUGCUUCCUGCUCUUGGACAUGAAAGAGAGCAGACAUGUUUUCUUUGUCCUGAACUACCCUGAAUAAACUGCUUGUAAAUAUGCUUUAAGGGACACGGUGGCGCUGUGGGUUAAACCACAGAGCCUAGGGCUUGCCAAUCAGGAGGUCAGUGGUUUGAAUCCCUGCAACGGGGUGAGCUCCCGUUGCUCCUGCCAACCUAGCAGUUUGAAAGCACGUCAAAGUGCAAGUAGAUAAAUAGGUACCGCUCCGGUGGGAAGGUAAGCUUCCUUGACCUCCAUUAAUUCUCCUCGAAUUAUGCUCUCUUCCAAAUCCCUGUCUCCCCACACUUUCUCCCUCCCUCGAUCUGGAUUUACUCAUUCCAGAGUUACUCCGUGAGAAUUAUCCCAUUCGAGAGAGGGGAAAGGGUGGGAAGGCAGGAAUUUGGAGGAGAACCUCCUAUGGUCAACGAAGAAUGAAUGGAGUUCGAGGAAGCUGGACUUUCCACGUUAGACGGCAGACAGGGUGAAUGGGCCCAAUCCCCUCAGGCACAUGAAGGCCGAAAGUCACUGAAAUGAUUAGCUGCGAGGGCAUGAAAAACAAACCUAGUUUAGUUGUUCUUAACCUUUUUUCAGUGGGAUUUCUUUCUUUUUAAUUGUACUGUUUUACUGCUUUGUUUUUGCCACUCCUGUUGGCAGGAAGGACGGCUUGGAGCUUUAAUAAAGUUAAAUAACGUGAGUUGCUUCAGGUUAAGAACAGCAGUAAAACUUAUAUCUGAAAACAGUGUGGAGAAGAUCAGGUACGGAAUAACUAGAAUGUGCAGCGUUCGUUGGGAACCUGGGGAAACCAAGGAGGAGGGGGGAUCCCAGAAUUACUGGAUUAUUUGAUAGGAAUUUCGGAUGUGUUGUAAAUUCUGUGGAAAAAUAUAUACAGUGGUACCUCUGGUUGUGAAUGGGAUCCGUUCUGGAGGCCCAUUCGUGACAUGAAAAGAGUGCAACCCAUAGCGGUACAUCUGCGCACGUGCGGGUUGCAAUUCGCCGAUUCUGCGCAUGCGCAUGACGUCAUUUUGUGCGUCUCCGCAUGUGCGAGCGGCAAAAUCUGGAAGUAACCCUUUCCGGUACUUCCGGGUCGUCGCGGGACGUAACCUGAAAGAGCGUAACAUGAAGCGGAUGUAACAUGAAUCAUAGAAUCAUAGAAUCAUAGAGUUGGAAGAGACCACAAGGGCCAUCGAGUCCAACCCCCUGCCAAGCAGGAAACACCAUCAGAGCACUCCUGACAUAUGGUUGUCAAGCCUCUGCUUAAAGACCUCCAAAGAAGGAGACUCCACCACACUCCUUGGCAGCAAAUUCCACUGUCAAACAGCUCUUACUGUCAGGAAGUUCUUCCUAAUGUUUAGGUGGAAUCUUCUUUCUUGUAGUUUGGAUCCAUUGCUCCGUGUCCGCUUCUCUGGAGCAGCAGAAAACAACCUUUCUCCCUCCUCUAUGUGACAUCCUUUUAUAUAUUUGAACAUGGCUAUCAUAUCACCCCUUAACCUCCUCUUCUCCAGGCUAAACAUGCCCAGCUCCCUUAGCCGUUCCUCAUAAGGCAUCGUUUCCAGGCCUUUGACCAUUUUGGUUGCCCUCCUCUGGACCCGUUCCAGUUUGUCAGUGUCCUUCUUGAACUGUGGUGCCCAGAACUGGACACAGUACUCCAGGUGAGAUCUGACCAGAGCAGAAUACAGUGGCACUAUUACUUCCCUUGAUCUAGAUGCUAUACUCCUAUUGAUGCAGCCCAGAAUUGCAUUGGCUUUUUUAGCUGCCGCGUCACACUGUUGGCUCAUGUCAAGUUAAACAGGGCUGCCUUCAGGUAUGAGGCAUGACUGUAUAUAUAAAAUAAUAAUAACAUUAAAUAACGAGUAGAUCAGUCCUUCUCCCAGGCUUCCCACUUUUCUUGCAUCAAAUAAUGAUUGUCUCGCCUUUUCCUGCCCAGCCAACUCAAGGAAGCAGAGAGCCGCAAUUUGGAACUGGAAGCUCAGAUCAAACGCCUGGAGGAGCAGAUCGAAGGGAUGAGGCCGAUGGCCGAGGAAGGCAAGUUUCACCGGAGCCCCUUCCCUCCUCCUGCCUGCAGCCCCUCGCCCAGCUUGUGUUCCUGGCAGACUCCUUCAGCUUGCUGACCACCCCCUUCGGUUCCAGCUCUUUCACCCCCUUCCCUUCCACGGUUUGGAAGAAGCACGUGCCCCAAGGCCAGCACUGCGCCCAGAAGCAAGCCAGGGAGCUCAGCCCCAGCUGCACACAUGGACUGAGUGCUUUGGACUACAACUCCCAUCAUCCACAGCCAGCAUGGCCAACAGUCAGGGAUGACGAGAGUCGUGGUUCAAAACGUCCGGAGGGAACCAGAUUGGUAAAGGCUGGCAGUUGAAAGGAAGUGUGUGCGCAAGAAAUAGUGUAUUCACAACACACAUCCGAAGCACUGUGGUACCACUUUAAACCGUCGUGGCUUCCCCCAGAGGAUUCUGGGAGCUGUGGCUUGUUCAGGGUGCUGCUAGACCUGUCGUCGUUUUUAUUUUGAUUACGUAUUUUGCGGUUUUUAUAUUUUUAUUUCGUUCUGUGAACUGCCUUGAGACCUCUGGGCUAUAGGGUGGUAUAUAAAUUCAAAUAAUAAUAAUAAUAGACCUAAACACUCGGGUUGUGAACGUGAUCUGUGUGGGAUGCAUGUUCAGCGUUCACAACCUUCAGCGGUGCGUCUGCGCACACGUGGAUUGCGAUUUGGUGACUCUGUGCAUGCGCAAAGUGUGAUUUAGCGCUUCUGCGCAUGCACGACCUCCAAAACCUAGAAGUAACCCAUUCCGGUACUUCCGUGUCUCGGACCGUCCGUAACCUGAAAAAACACAACCUGAAGUGUCUGUAACCCGAGGUAUAACUGUAUUUUCCUCCAAGAGCUACGAUUUCCAGUUUAUCCAUCUAUCCCUCUUCACAGGGAACCCUGGAAACUGUAGUUUUUUUGGGGGGGGGUAGGGAGGUUUCCUAACAACACUCAGCAACCUGAACCAUGUACAGGAUUCCUUUGGAGGAAGCCGUGACUUUUUAAAGUGGUCUCUUGGCUCUUUGGGUGUAUGGUGCGUACUCAGAGCAGACCCCUUGGCCAACUUGAGCCCACUGAUUCUGAGGCUAUGUGCACAGGAGCUGCUUAAAAACCCCUGCCUUUCCAGAGAGGAGCCGCAUUUCCAGAGAGACGAUUGGGCUGUCUUUGCCCGAUGUUCAUCGCCAGAUCCACCAGCAGGCUGAAUGCUUGGCUCUCUAGGCCCAGCUCCUCGCUGACUGGGUUUGGGGUGAGGAGGGAGCCUCCACCUGCCCCCCCCGGCCCCAUCUAGCAGUAGCCUAGAUGGAAGGGCAUAACUUGGAAAGCUGAGCCCUGUUCUUUUCGCUUCCCCUUCUGGGUGCUGGGUGGGUGCUCUAACCCUUGAAAAUUCUCCCUCACGGGUUCCUGCUCCACCCUGCCUCUCGCCCAUCAAAGGGGCGGGUGCACGACUGGUCAGUUUGAGCUCUGUCAAUGGCUACCAGCAUAAUAAUAAUAAUAAUUUAUUAUUUAUCCCCCGCCCAUCUGGCUGGGUUUCCCCAGCCACUCUGGGCGGCUUCCAACGGAAUAUUAAAAUACAAUAACCUAUUAAACAUUAAAAGCUUCCCUAAACAGGGCUGCCUUCAGAUGUCUUCUAAAAGUCUGGUAGUUGUUGUUCUCUUUGACAUCUGGUGGGAGGGCGUUCCACAGGGCGGGUGCCACCACCGAGAAGGCCCUCUGCCUGGUUCCCUUGGCUUCUCGCAGUGAGGGAACCGCCAGAAGGCUCUGGACCUCAGUGUCCGGGCAGAACGAUGGGGGUGGAGACGCUCCUUCAGGUAUCCAGGCACACCCUCCGAGUCUCAAAACCAGGACACACAUCUUCCCAUCUGUGUUCCUGCACAAGUCACAUGCAAGACCACGGAGCCCUAAAUACACUAUUUUUCUUGGAGCUGUACUCUCACACAAUGGCAUGGCACCCAAAAACAUGUGUUGGGGGGGGGGGCGCCAUGCGAGAUUGCAGCCCUGAGAAAAGCACAAGGUCUCGGCGCAAAAUCACGUGAGGUCACGACACCCAAAAUGGCCACUGUGCUCUUGCCGGGGCAGGGAAUGAAACGUGCCGGUUUUUCUGGGACAUUUGCAGGGUGUGUUCUAUACUCUGCCUCCGCUGUUGAGUCUCAGAUGGGGAAGAGUUGUUCAUGCACUCAAGUCCUGCUUGGGGCAUCUGGUUGGCCUUUGUGAUAACAGGGUGUUUAACCAAAUGGGGACUUUAUUGUCCUGGUGCAUCAGGCCUCCUCCUAGGUUCUUAGAUGUGCUUCAGGUCUGUACGCAGAGUUGCCUUAGGCAUAUCCGGUGCCGUGGUGCAAAGAUCCCUCCAGCGUUCCACCCCCCCGUUUCCCAUUGUUGUCGACCUUUUCCUAAGCCUCUGCGGGGAUCGCUCUCCUACCGUGGAGGCUUGUGAACAAAGCUGCACACCCGUCAGCCAUAUAGUUGACGGGGCGCAGCUGGCGGGCAUUCAGGAGGGAAAGGGGAGACCAUCGACAAAGCCGCGCAGCUCCCCCACUCUCUGGGGUGCCUCAAGAGGCCAGCGUCCUGGCGCGACGCACCACUAAGCCCUAUGGGAAAGACGGCUCUGUCUGUACGGGAGUGUGCUGGUCCCGUGGGUUACCCGAGAGGCGAGGUCCAAGUCCGGUCCAUGGACAAAGGUGCAGCGUGGUGCCAGUCCGUAGUAGCUGAAGCUGGGUGCAGGGCAGGGAGUCGGGUGAAGUUAGGAACAGGCUUGCAAGCAGAGAGCCAGGGCGGGUCAGGAGCUCAGGCAGGAAAGCAGGACAGGGUGCAGGCAGGAACUAGGAACCAACAACGUUGCUCCCGGAACUUGGGACUGGCCGGCUUUUAUCUGCCCCGAGGCAUAGGGCGGCCCCGAUCCUCAGGUGACUCACCUCUGCUGGCCUGGAGGCGAGCACUCCUCCUGCGGGAACUUAGUUCCCUCCACCUGUCUGCCCUGAGCCUCUGCAGCUCAGGAGAGGCUGGAGGGUUACUGGACCCAGAGGCAACCCCACCUUCCCCUGACGGGGCUGAGAGUGGAGCACCUGCAGGCAAUGGGUCCUCCAUCAGCUCAGGAGCCAGAGCAGACUCAGCUGGUGCCUGCACCUGAGGAUCCAGCACAGGUGAGGACCCUUCAGGCUCAUGCCCCAGCCCCGGCUCAGCUGGUUCUGGAGGCGGGGAAUCCUGUGCAGGCUGGGAUCCCUCAGGUUCAGCAUCCGAGUCCGAAUCCCAGGCCAUCACAGUGAGCCACGACAGCGCAUGAGAGCUGUCAGUCGCCAAGGGUUGAGUGAGAAGCCAGCUGGCCUUUGUGCACUGAGGGAAGCACAGCAUGCGAUGUGCGGCGCAUGGCAACGGGCUGCUUCUUUUGCCCAGCACGCCUGCCGGCUUGUUCCCGCAUGCCUCAUAGGCUAGCCUCUUUCUCUGUACAUUGUCCUCCCCUUCCUCACCCAUUCACCACCAACACCCCGCCCCCCCACAAAGGAAACUCGGCCCCACGUUUCUCUUUUCCUUCCAGCUUCUCUGGGCUGGAGCCCCCGCUGGCCCCCCAACCACACCCACCCUUUCUUGUGCCGCGUGGAGCGCCUGGCAAAUGUAAGCCUGACUCUGCAGGUUGCCUACCUCAUGGAGGAGGUGGGGGAGGGAAAGGGAUGUGUGUGUGUCCCCCGCCCCACAAGCUUAGGCUCCCUUCUGGGUGAGGAGGGGAGAUGACGCUUUCUAGUCUGCCCAAUAUUGGGGUCCUCUGACUCUGGGGCUCUGUGGGUUCUGCAUCAACCUUCCGCGCACCCCAAGUUCUGCACCCAGAAUGUAUUUUGCAUUUUAUUUUUGGAAGGGGGGCGGGUGCAGCUUAUUCACAUUCUCUUAUGCAACUUUUGUGCUUCAAAUAUUAGACUUCCUGGUUUGUUUAGUUUUUUCUUAAAAGGCGAAAGAUGGGAAAGGUUCCAUUCCAAAAGGACUAGAAACUUGGUUCCAUAAAGACAAGGGGCAGUGGCUGUCACAACCCACAGCCCAAAUGGCAGCUGGGGGGUGUGGGGGUUUCUGGCUGGGUGUGCACAGAGAAAGCAAGCAGUUGUGCUUUGAUCUGGUCUCUCCCCCCCCAACCCACCCACUUGCCGCCGCCCCCCAAUUGCCUGGCACUCUGCCCCGCUGACUUCUGCUUUCUCUUUCCAGCAAGGCGGCACCAUGGCAUCUCGGCUUUGUGAAUACCCGCUUGUGGUACCUCUGUACCGGCACUUGCUGCUCUUUUCUAGGGUACGUCGGCUGCCAUCAUCGCGCAUGUGCGAACACACAGACCUCUCUCUCUCUUUCCCCCUCUUCUCUGCUCACCUGAAGUCAGUGCUUGCUUGGCCCGAGAGCGGCCUUCCGCUCCCAGCUCUUCUGGUAUCGUGUUCUUUUACACACACACCCCGACUGACGGAAAGCCAUCGAGGGCAAAAACACCCCUGUGCAGAGACCGGGCAACACAGCACGAUUGGAAGGUGGUUGGGGCAGAGCACUGAUUGCAGAAGAGGGAUUAAAAUACCCCAAAAACUACCUCCUUCCCUACAGGUCCUCUUGGGGGCAGAGCUUGGCAGUGGGGGUCCUCUUGGUUGUCCCUAUGCCCUCAGAGGCUUGGGGGUGGGCUGGGCCUUCUCUGUGGUGGCCCCUAAAGUGUGGAACUCCACCCCCUCCAUUAUGCAGCUUAGGGAGGAUGCUCUUGCACCCUGGCCUUUGACACCUGAGGUGUAUAUUUUUAGCGCCUACUUAAUUUUGGGGAUUGGAAGUCGUUUUGAACUGUUUUUAAUGCAGCGUUUUAAUUGGGUAACACACACACACACACCCGCCGGGACCUCGGGGUGAAAUAAUUAAAUAAAUAAAAGUAACGGGAAUAAAAGCUGCCAUUUAUUUAAUAGCCUUUUUUGUGGCACAUGGUUUUGGAAUAAUAUGGCGCCAACGGGCCUGUCUGCUUAGGCUGAAGAGUUUCCGUUUUCUUACGCCUAAAAGUCAGGCCGAAGGCCCAGCUUGCCAAGAACCAGAGCACACCGUCUCGUUUUGCCGCCCCCCAACAAACCCUCCCUUACUGGAGUCACACAGCCUUGGCUUCUGGCGGUAUCGUGCAAGAGGUCCCAGAAGUCUCCGUACAAUUUCGCGGGGCUCUCGCAAGAUCUUGCCAGAACCCAGGAGCCGCUGCAACCACUUCUCCGACGGUAGGAGACGCGCCUGAAGAAUGCUCCUUGGAUUCUGCCGCCUGAGGCAGCUGCCUCGGCCUGCCUCCUGGACGGGCCGGCUCAGAACUGGCUGCUCCAGUUCUCUCCAGCCAUGUGUCCUCUUGUAGGCAGACAGCCUCGUGGGAGGCUGGCUGCUCUGUCUCUCCCUGAGUGCCAGUUCUUCACAGUUUGUUCUCCGUCAGCCUCUGCUGAGCACCACCAAGGACCAAUCCAUUCCUGAAGAAAUCUGGUGUGCCAGGGAGAAAGGCACUAACCUACUUCAACAGGCUAGCUUUCCAUGGGCAGGAACCUUUUAAUUUUAGGGCAGAAUACUCAGUUGUGAGGACACCCGGCCUUGCAGUGGUAUACCCAGGCAUGGCUUGUGUGAGAGUAGGAGUGACUGAGAACAGAGAAAGCAGGAUCCCUCGUACCUACGGGACCACCUCUCCUGAUAUGCCCCGCGGAGGACCUUAAGGUCCAUAAAUAGCAAUACCCUAGUGGUCCCGGGCCCUAAGGAGGUUAGAUUAGCUUCAACCAGAGCCAAGGCCUUUUCAACACUGGCCCCGGCCUGGUGGAACGCUCUGCUUCAUGAGACCAGGGCCCUGCAGGAUCUGAUUUCUUUUCACAGGGCCUGUAAGACAAGAGUUGUUCCGCCUGGCCUUUGGCUUGGAGCCAAUUUGAUUCCCUCCUUCUCUUUCUUUUUUCUUUUCCUUCUCCUGCGAUGAGGCUACAUUUUAAUAUUUUAAUGUUGUAUUUUAAUUUUGUUUUUAAGUUGUAUUCAUUCAACUUGUUUUUGUUAUUACUUGUAAGCUGCCCUGAGCCCGGCCUUGGCUGGGGAGGGCGGGGUAUAAAUAAAAAUUAUUACUAUUAUUAUUAUACCUGAAAGCAAACCUUCCCAGGGGUUUAGGGCGCCUCCCAAGUUUUAUUUCAAAUAAGUGUCCUUCGGCUGAGGUUUCUGGGAAGGCAGGGCCUUUUUGGAGUGGCCCCGUCUGCCCAGAAGCUCAGCCCAUUAUUACAAGAAGCGGGAUGACUUACGGUCCCUUGUGGUUCCAGCAGCAGCAGGGAUCCGCUGGGUCUCAAACCCACUGGCUCCCCCUUUUCCCUGAAACCCAAGGGCUUCCUUCUCUCCUUCUUCUGUCUUGACCAGCCUGUUUUCCCUUCCCAGGUACAUAGGCCCUGCAUCGUCAAGGUGGGUUACCUGCUCUUAUGCACUGGCAGAUUUGCCCUGGAUGCCUCUCCUCGGAGCCUGGUGGAGGUGGCAUGAAGGCCACCGGCGAGUGGGGAGACCCUUGUGCCCACCAGCUGCUGCUCAGUCCGCUCUGCCCUUGCCAGGUCCCUGGGACAACCUCCUUUAUCACUUGCGAGCUGCCCCCAGAAGGGAGAUUGGGGCCCAGAGGGCUGGAAGCCCCCUUCCGCUUGUGCCCUGGCAAGGAAGACGACCCUUUGCGAUCCAGAUGCUGCCUGAACCAAUGGCCGAGCCCAUGCUACUCCCCGGGGCCUUGCCUCCCUACACUCUGAGCCCUGCCUAUCAACUUGCCUCGCUUUGCGAAGACGGCACUGGUCUCCCCAGCUCACAUUACUGGUAGCAGCCAGGGAGGAAUUUCCUAAAGGGCCACGAGUGGCCGAAGAGAACCCGGCAGAGACCCCCAAGACCUCUCGACCCCCAACUCCUUCCCACUCUUUAUCCUCAGGCUGCUCCACCUCAAGCGCGAGGGGCAAAAUUUGGGAGCUGCUAUAGGAUCCAGGAAUCCCAGCAACCUCAGCAGUUUAACCUCUUAAAUUCCUGUAGGGGAAGGAGCCCAGGAGUCCUGCCUCCCAGCCCUUCUAGUCAGCCCCCCAUCUCUGACUCCCCGGUCUCUGAUUCCGAUGUGGCUGUUUCCAAGAGGUGAAGGCUGGGGGGAUUCCUUCGUGGCAAGUGUCUUCCUGGGGACGCAGCUCCCGCUUACCCCUUUUGAGCCAACGAGGCGACGCUCCCCCCUUGGAUCACGACUGCCGCCCCAAUGACCCAUGGCUGCUUUGCACCAGCCCCCCCACCCUCUUGGGAGUUUGGCGCAAGGGGAGUCGGCGGAGGGGCGGCUGAUGGAAGAGGACUGGACUUGGAUUCUGGUUUUGCUUGGAGGACGCUCUGCUAUCGGCAGAAUCUGCGCAAGCAGAUGUUGUACGCCGUGCUUUCGAGCCACGCUUCACACCUGGGAUUCGCUGGGCUAAGACUAGGAUGGUCUCUGGGUAGCUGCCCCAAGGCCCAGCCGGGACCUUGGAGAAGACUGCAAAGCCAGGCAUGUCUCAAGUUCGCUUGAUGGGAAGCGCCACCGGCAACAGAAAAAUGACUUAUACCUGCACUUCUACACUUCCGGCACCUGGUGGCAGCACCAAGCCUUUCUUGCUCCACACUGCCACACAUACACAAGGUUGUUGGUAAUUUAUUUGGGAUUGUGGUGUUUAGCUGUAAAUCUUAUUUCCCCCUCCAGCAGGUGAUGGACCUCUGUUCCCUGCCUCUUCCAAAAGGUGUGCGCGCACUUGUCUCUAACGAAGGGAAGCGCACAGGAGAACGUUUAGCUUGAAGUGGGGGGGGGACUGUGCUAGUUUUAAGGUUUUGCACCAUGCUCUCCUCUUGGUCCCUGGUCACCUUCCUUUCUCCCCAUAUUUAUUAUUCCGUCUCCCCCCCCCAGUCCCCUCCCCUCCUUUGUGUAAUAAUAUGGCACACAGGGGCUGGAUGCAUGAGAACACUGUACAUUUGUGACAAUGUGUGUUAAGGUUGUUGCUGCUCCCUCUUCAGAGAUGAAAUAAAAUUGGAUUCUUCCGUAGC